UCUUCAUCGAGGAAUUGAAUACUCUUGCAUUCCUGAACUAAUUCACCAGUAUCACGUAAGUUUAGUCUAAGAGUUUAAUACAGAGAGCUCUGUGUUCCAACAGUGUAAGGGAAUCUUACUGGUAGUCAACAAGUCGCUAGGAAGAAAACUAAACAAUAAAUCAGACCAAUUUUAUAACUCUGCAGUUUCUGGAUUCAACUGAUAAAAUGGAUACAGGUAAACAAGAGAACUAUGCUCUUUUACAUGACGAAUCUGAUGUAGAAGAGUAUGAGAAAAGCAACAGAGGCAAUGAGAAGACUCAACAAGGGUACGUAAUUACAAAUAAUUUUAGAAAUUAUAAACAAACAAAGCUGGUAUCAUCUAAUACUAUACACCAGAGUGCAAUAUUGUUUUUAUUACGGCAACGUAUUAUAAAUUAGGCAAGUAACACUAGUAUUACACAUUCCAUUUUAUCUACAUUUUUUUUUAUGUAGUACAUAUUUACUUUUACAAAACUAUAAACUAGCCCACACUAAAUUGACUUAUGCAAUGUAUAAUCAUAUUUUGUAACUAAAUUCUCAUAAUGUCACAAUGUCCACGUACCCCCUUUUUUGCACAUCCUCCGCUAGCAACCUUGUACUACAGAGUUAAUCUAAUAAACGCAAACAUUAGAUUGCUAGGAUAUGACUUGACAAAUUGUGACAUGAUAAUGCAAUGUAUGAUCAUAAAUCAAAUAAUCAAAUAGAGCUAUUUGGUAUCCAACCCACCAUGUCCAAUAUAAAAAUGUUGAUAAAACACACAAAACUUGAGAGUAUCUGCAUAACAACAGGGAUACAUUGGAAAAAUUAAAAAUAUGAGUGGUAAUGAAAGGAGGCAACGGGUUGUAGAGAAAAGGACAUUCCUUAAUACUAAUGUCUUAAAAGGGUAUAACACAGUUACACUCUAAGACUAGUGGGUAUACCCCAAAGAAAGCUCAAACGUAUAUAUUCCUGACCACGUAAUUGACUUAAGAAAGGGGAAAGCAGCACCAUCAGUCUUUCCUUUGUCCGCUAUUACUUGUUUGUUUAAUGAAUGAUCAUAUACUGUAACUAUACUAUAUUGUGACAUUAUUUCUGUCUAAAUGUUUCUAAAAUGUAAAAAUUAAUUGAAGGAUAGCUAGAUAGCUAGAUAGAUAGUCUAUCCAUCUAGCUAGCUAGCUAUCUAAAAAGUAUGUUAAUUGUAGAUUUGUGUAUCAGUUAGGGAUAUAUUAACAAAACAGUGAGUUUUGCAAAGUUAAAAAACAACUUGCAAAAUGUUGACCAAUAUAGCAUAUAAGAUGGCCAAACUUGUUGAAUUGGAUAUCUUUCCAGACGUUACUGUGGGAAAAGUGAUUUCUUAAUUGCACAAAAAAAUCAAUAUCCUUUUUGCUACUUAUUGACUGACAUUUUCACAUAGGAGAAAUCAGACACAACUUCACAUACUGAUAGAUUUUAAGAAAAUGAACUCUAAAAAUGUUGACUUCUUUAUGUCAAUAUUAAAAUUAUGUGCAUCCUUAUAAUGAUAUAAAAUGUUGUCACAUAUAAAGGCAAAAGUAUCAUUAUCCAUACUUUGUGGAAGCUGAAGGCACACUCCAAACAUAAAAAGCACUUCAUAUUGGCAAAAUGCUUUAUCUGUGAAAGUGUUGUCCUCUUUUUAUUCAUUUUAUAAGAAUAUGGCUAAAUGAUAUUUCCCAGGGCAUCUGUAUUUAAAAAAACAUCUAUGUGAGCUGCAAUACAGUUCAUUGGGUAGCCUAUGAUUGGACAGCACAGAAUCUCUGUGCUGGGAAAGUAGAGGAGGGCAGCCAGUAGCUGCAAAUGUUAAAUAUACAGCUAUUGCAAGACAAGAUUUCAUAUAUUAUCAAAGAAAACAUGCAACACAAAUUACAUGUAUAUACUCUACUAAAUCUACUAAACUCUUUAUUUUGUUUCCGUGGUAAUAUUCUUUUACGUGCGCAAAGGGUUUACUUGUGUGAGAGUUACCGUAUUUACUUUAAUCUAAUGUGCACCUUUUUUGCAAAAUAAAGUUUUCAACAUUUAAAUGUGCAUUAGAUUCGUGGCAAAAUUCUACAUUUUCCAACAAAUUGCAUUCUAGCAAAUUAAAACUGGUUAAAACUGGUGAAUUAAAACUGGUGAAUUCACAAAGGCGAAUUAAAACUGGUGAAUUCAAACAGGUGAAUUCACACAGGCGAAUUUCAUUCAUAAGGAAUUUCACGGGUAGGGAAUUCUGAUAGAACACCGUCAGACAAUCUGUUCAGUAGUCAUCCACCUGUGGGAGAUUUCAUUAGGUCGCAUUCCAAGCCUCAUUUCCAUCUAGAUGUGCCAAUCAUGUGUACGUUCCAUUGCAUUACAAUGCAUUGUUCGCAUUUGUAUUUCCUUUUCCAGUUUGUGUUCCACUUCAAGCUUUGCGUUCCAGAAUAUCAGAACUUCCAGAUCGCAUAGUACUCCUACAUAGUAAUCAAAUAAAAAGUAUUACCUAUUAGGCGUUUGGCUAGAAAAUGGAUCUUAACAAUACAACAAAUGGGUGGUUUUCAUAACUCAAAAAUUACUUGUUAAUCUUACAAUAUUACAUUUAAUGUGGUAUUAGUGAGAUUAAUGACAAAAAAGGCUUAUGCAUUUACAAAUGUUUUGAUUACAACACAGGUUGAUGGUUACAGACAACCAAGUGCAUUGAUCAGGGCAGGCCUGUCCACAGGCCCAGGUGGGACGAUGGCUCUAGGCGGCACUCUUGAGGGGCUUUUUGCCCCUCAUCAGAGAGCCUGCAUCCCCAGCACACACACAGACAUACACUGCAUCUCCAGCACACACACAGACACACACACCCUGCAUCCCCAGCAUACACACAGAAAGACACACCCUGCAUCCCCAGCACACACACACAGACACACCCUGCACCCUGCAUCCCCAGCACACACACAGACACACACUACAUCCCCAGCACACACACACACCAGCACAUACAUACAAUACAUUCCCAAUACAUUCCCUUCACACAGACUACAUCCCCUAUCUCAUUAUACAUCCCAAACACACGCCAGUUGAUCAGCACACACAGUAUAUUCAUUAUAUACACACUGCAUCCCCAGCAAAAACACAGUACCUCCCCUACACACACACAGUACCUCCCAUACAAAUACAACAUCCCCUAUACACAUAGUGAUGGAAUCUACUCUCCACAAACAUACUACACUAACACAAACCUAUCAUCAAUAAACCUACAAAUUCCAAAUGGCCAAACAUAAAUGCUGGUCAUCCAAAAACAGCAUCCAGCGCCCAGCAUCAAGCGUUAUUGAAAUCCCCAUAGGAAAGCAUUGAGACAAUGCUCAAUGCUAUGGGGAGGGCCUAAUGUGAUGAUGUCGGAGAGACAGAAUGCCGACCGUGGGGGAUGGGGGGAAUUUCAUCCUUGCACAAUGUCUUUGGCCGGCCCUGGAAUUAUUAUUAUAGUGCCAACAGAUUCCGUAGCGCUUUACAAUAUUAUAAGAGGGGGGAUUUAACUAAAAAUAAGACAAUUAUAAGAAAACGUCCAGGAACAAUAGGUAGUUGAGGGACCUGCUCAAACAAGCUUACAGUCUAUAGGAGGUGGGGUGUAAAACACAAUAGGAAUAGAAGUAGCAAUCUAAUAAAGUGGGAGUGAAUCAGAGCUGGAGGACAAAAUAGAGUGCUCUUCUUAUAGGAGAGAGCAGGAGACAGGUAUGUGAUGUAGAGGUUACUCUGGGAGGCCAUAAGCUUUCCUAAAGAGAUGGAUUUUAAGGCGCUGCUUAAACGGUUGAAGACUAGGGGAGAGUCUGAUGGCGGAAGGCAGACUAUUCCAUAGGAAAGAAGCCAUCCCGUGAGAAGUCCUGCAAGCGUGAGUUGGCUGUACGGGUGCGAGCAGCGGACAGGAGAAGGUCACGGGCAGAGCGGAGAGACUGAAAAGGGGCAUAACUAUGGAUCAGUGAAGAAAUAUAAGAGGGGCUAGAAUUGGUCAAUGCUUUAUAGCUAUGGUUUAGCACUUUGAAUUGAAUUAUAUAGGAUACAGGAAGCCAAUGUAAGAACUGACAGAGGGGUGAGGUGUGAGAGGACCGACUAGAGAGGAAAAUCAGUCUGGCGGCAGCAUUCAUUACAGACUGUAGUGGGUCAAUACGUUUUUUGGGAAGGCCAAUUAGGAGAGGGUUACAAUAAUCCAUGUGGGAAAUUACCUAGAGCAUGGACAAGCUCCUUAGUAGCAUUGAUGAUGCUAAUUUAUAAUAGGUAUCUAAAUAACACAUUAUUUUCCAUAAGAACAUUGCAGUGUGUGCAUGCUGGGGCUGCGAAGGGGAGCAAUAGCUCCCCUGGCCCCUAGCACAAGAGAGCUAGCAAUGAAACUCCAGACUUAAAAAAAUUUAUUAGCAAGAUGUGUGUUGGGAUAUCUAUUUACACAGUUCAGCUGGAAAAGGCAGCAGGCAGGAAUUGUGCAAGACCUUUGCUAGCCUGGCAUUGUGACCCACAAUCUUUGUACCUGGACUUGCCAACUUGGAUAUUUCCAUGUGGACUGGGGUAUCUGGAGUUGACCAGGCUGCCAAAUUUAUAUGAGUAUGUAUGAUGUUCUUGCUUGUAUUUGCCAGCGACCCCAAGGUGAGAUGAGACAUCAUGGCAUUCAUAAUACACCCUGAUUGUCAUUGGUGGCAUUGGAGUUGUUCACGUUUCUUUGGCAUGCAUAUUUAUGUGAAUGCUCCUUCAUACUCUGUGCAGGUCAGCAUAAUAGAGAUUACAGGUAAAUAUGAUAGCUAUGGCAGUAGCUUCCUUCUCAAGAUAAAUACACAUUGGAUGAUCCAUGUGAGUAGGACAAUCAUCACUGAGAUGUGUGAGUUUAGAAAAAAAAAUACCAUUUGUUAAUACUCCAAGUAGAAAGGUUUCAGCCACCCAUCCUGUUUUUUCAGCUAUUAUGUACAUGCUUGUUAUAUUAUCAGUUUUGUUAUAUUAUAUGUUAGAAAAUAGUGUUUAAGUCCUUUCAGGUUUUGAACUUGCUUUAUGUCCAAAAGUCCAGUUAAUGUACCGAUAACUCCUCUUUGAUACUAUUGUGAUUCAAAAAGCAUGACUGAUUUACAUAAGAUUCAGAGCUUUUUUUUUUAGCCAUCGGAUAAUGAUCUACACCAAGUUUUUAAAAUACCCCUUAUACUGUAAUGUAUUUGUUUUAAAAUAUGUAUGAUAAUCUGUCCAAUUACAGGAAAUCAUAUAUGAGAGGAUUGAAUACAAUCUACAAAUUGGCACAACCACAUUGGCUUUGCCAUACAGUUUUCAUUGUGUUUUUGGUCUCUUCACAAGCAGCUCUAUGUAUCUUUGUUUUGACCAUGCACAUGGACCUAGAAACAAUUAAACUGGAUCAAUCAUUCUUACAGAAAGGUAUGGACUAGUAGUAUAUAAUUAUCUAUAAAACUGUACAAUAUCUAUUCAUGAAAAUGUUUAUCUGGUCAGACAUUUCAAGAUAAUGUUUGUUUUUUUCAUUAAAAUUCAUUUGGCAAGAUAGCAAUUGACUUUUAAAAUUUAUGGCAAUUUGGCCAAGUUGUAAACAAUGGCCAACUCAACUGAAUUAGAGACUUUAUCCAAAAGAACUGUGUUGAUUUAAAUUGUGUCCACUGAAUUUACUGUUUAAAGGAACACUCCAAGCACCAUAACCACUACAGCUCCUGAAUACAUUGGCAGUGCAUUGUAUGUUUCAAUUGAGAAUUGGCAAUUUUGUUUCAGUUUGAAUAGAAGCAGCAGCAGCAGCAGUAAUGUCAAAUUCAUGCCAUUCGUUUAGGUAUUCAGAUUUUUAUGAUAUUCUUAAGUAUACCCAACCUUCGUUUAUUAAUGUGCUUAUUAUGUUUUAAGUGUGCUUAAUCUGUGCUAGUGAAACAAACGCUAAAUGUCCCACUUGGCUGCAGAGAGGUUAAAUAUAUAUAUAACUGGAUUUAAAAAAAAAUGGUGACUCUUUUAUAUCCAUGUUAACCCCUUCAUGACCAAAUUUCUUGUUUUUGUUUUGGGGGUUGUCAAAAUAUUAGUAUAAUAUUUAUUUGAAACAUAGGAUGCAGAGUUAGCACAUAAAUGUAUGAUAUAACAACAGCUGUGUGUAUAUAUUGCUGUUCAUAUAAACAUAGUACAUAUGUUACGAACAUUUACAAAAUGUUCAUUUUUAUUUAUUCAUUCACCCUUUAUAGAAAGAUCAGGGUAAUGAGAAAACUUUAGACUGCAUGCUUUAUCUUGCAGUAUGAUGUAUAUAGGGUCUGAAAUAUUAGUAUACAAGUAAAAGUACAAUAUAUGUGACAAAAAUAGAUAAAUGAAAAAUACCCAAUACCCUGCUUUUAGGUAUUUGUAAGGACCUUGAUAGCAUUAAUGUCCUCUCACUUAUAUAAGGUUACGUGGCAUUACCCAAAUUAAAGGGCCUGUCCUACUAUCUCAGGUUAGCUCCUGGUGUCCUACAUUUUGGGACAUCAGGGAAAAGUCCCUAAUCAGUAUUUUUCACACAAUGGAUGGUAGUUUGAGCGCAAUAAAAAAAUAUUGGAACAUAUUUUGAUAUACCUAGAUGACUGUGCAGCCAAUAUAUUGUAUAUAGUUACUUAUUUUACACAGUCUCAUUAAUUGUUUAGAAUGGCAUUCCCAGGCCAGUUCUGAGCUGCAUAGUCUAAUCUCUGUGCCAUAUCAAGUGCAUUCAAAGUGAAAUUGGUUAUUUUUAAUUUAUAAUUAAAUUAAGGUAAUUUAGAUUCUUUCUUGUUAAAUUUAAUGGAUUUCAUUAUAAGUGUUUUUCUCUAAAUUGCGAAGAUUUAGUGCCAUAAUGUUUAUGUGCUCUCAAAAUCCCGAAGCUCAAUGAAUUACCUUAACUACUGCACAAUAAUACUGUUUGUCAUUUAUUUAAUCAUGUAGCAUUAGACAUAACAUAAUUGCUGCCUAGUUACAAACCACUUGCAGUAGUACUGUAUGAGAUAGCACUGUGAUGGAUUGCAUGUUUGUUUUUCAGGCCAACUCAAUUAUGUUAAUAAUGUGACUGGUUCAAGAUCUGAAAAUGCAACUCAGGUGAUACAUAUUUUUAUAUAUAUAUAUAUAUAUAUAUAUAUAUUCAUAUUUUUUUAUUAUUGUGAAAUUUUGCUUUCACUUAUGUAUUAAUUUUAAUUAAUUGAAUACGUUUUUUUCAACCCUUUGCAUUUUUCUAUGUCACCCUUUUUAGAACAGUGACUUAUGGGCCCUGUUGUGGUCAAUGCAAGUAAUGGAAGCGCCACACAUUUUUUAAGAGGAAAAUAUUUAUUCACAGAAAAAUAUAUGCAUAAACAACAAAUUUAAAAAUAAUGAAAAAAUGAAUCUGAAUGUUCUGAAUCCUAUACUUUGUAUAGGAUUCAGAUGCAAAAGCACCAAUUUUAAUCUUGACAGCACCCUGGCGAUGGCUGCAGGUUUGCUCAGGCUGACCAAAUUUCCAACCAUAUUUGCCUUUAGUAAAUAUAAGAAUUACAAUUUCAGACAAUCAGUCAUUUUCACAGGAUUUUGUCUAUUUGGACAAAAUCCAGUGUUUAGUGAAUAAGCCCGUAUGUACUGUAUAUUUGUAUUAAUCAUGAAUCAUUAUCUAUAUACUGUAUAUUUUUACUAAUAGUGAAUCAUCCUAAAUAUACUGUAUAUUUGUGAGCAAAACAUUGCAGGAGGAUAAUGUUUCGUUCUUACCCCUACAAUAUGUUAAUAUUCCAAAAGACCUGAAAGAAUCACAGAGUAAAGGAAGAGCUGUUGUAUACAGCAGACACAUACUCCAAGGAAUCCAGUGGAAUUAUGAGGCAAAAAUGUGGUUCUUUGUUAAGCUCAUUUGGAUACUCCUACCCAGAAUCCCCUGCAGUAGUGAGAGCACUGUUAAAGUGAGAUUUCUGUGGAAAAAGCAUGUCUUAUGGCUUGACUGGUGUCUGUAUUUGUGUUUAGCAAUGUAUUAACUAUCCACUUACUUCAGGUGGAAGGGGAUUUCAUCCACACUUUUUUCCCCACCACAACUCUGUUGGUAUGUACUUUACAAGUAACGCCAAGCCUCCAUUGCAAGCCAGUAACCAACCUCAUGCUGAUGAGUUGCAUUAACAACAAAACAGCUGUCCAUGAGUGGUUCACUGUUUUUUCUUCUCUUCUUGAGUUGCGUUUCAAAGCUGUUGUAUACAGCAGACACAUACUCCAAGAAAUCCAUGUAUAAAGUGAAAUUAUGAGGCAAAAAUGUGGUUCUUUGCAGUAGUGAGAGCACUGCUAGUGAGAUGUCUGUGGGAAAGCAAGUCUUAUGGCCUGACUGGUGUGUGUAUUUGUGUCUAGCAAUGUAAUAUAUAUAUAUAUACAUAUAUAUAUAUAUAUAUAUUAAUAUUAGUUAUAUAGUGCCAACAAAUUCUCCAGAGAUGUAUACAGGGUUAAUACAGAUAAUUUGCUUUUAAUUUCAUCAUAAACAGGUCUGUACAAUUUAAAUGUGUUAUCCAUUUAAUAAUUUCAUUGUGUGCAAUAGCAGAAAGGGUUCUUUAAAGUAAAACCAAUAAAAUUAUGGGAUUCCCUGCAGGUAACGUCAUCACUGCAGGAUAUACUUAAAUAAAAAAAUAUAUGUGGGCAUUAUUAAUAAUAAUCUUCAGAACUCAGCUGUGCUAAUAAGAAACAGUCCAUAACUCUUAUGCCAAAUAUAUUUUAAAAUGUAAUUACAGUUACUGCAGUUACUGCAAAACAUAAUUUAGGCAUUACUGAAAUACUCUUGAAGAUCACUACAACAAAACGGUUAUAAUUGUUUUUCUACUUCUGUUCUUUAUUAAACCUAUACAAAUUAUUUUAUUUUGCAUGAUCAUAAGAAAACAGAAGGAUUAAAGUCGGAUGAACAAGGAAUGAAUAACAUCAGUCUUUUGAAAAGGAUUCACGCUAUAGAAUUGGUAAAUAUGAAAUAGAUGUAUAAAAGAAAGGGAUUCUGUGUCUAAAUGCUGAAAUGUCAUCUAUAGAGCAAAAGAUAUCAGAUUAAGGAACAAAAGCUGAAUUGCUUGCAAUUUGGGAUGUCCCAUUCAAGAGGGCAUCAAAUAAAAUUUAUCUCACUAGUUCAGUUUUAAAAGAAACCUUCCAUUAGCAGCACAAGUUUACGGUCAUAAAACCAAAAUACCAUAUAUGUAUUCUUUGGGCAAUGCAGCAACACCAAACAAUACGUUUUGCCACUCAUAUAUUAGUAAAUUACAGCUGACGUCUUUCUAAGCAGAGUGAGUAUGGAAUUCACAUAUCAAAUAUUUUUCUACCUAAUGAGAUGGACAAAGAACAGUUAAAAGUUUUGUAUAUUUCCCUAUUGGUUGGCCCCACAAAGGAAUAAUGUUUUCCAAAGUUAUAAGUAGCAUAUCACAGUAGACCCAUCUCUAGGGGUAGUCCAAAAUGAAUUGCUGUUUACAUUUUCUCUGUACUAGACUUUACAGCAACCACCUAGACGUGUUACAUGCCAAUUUCAUUCAUACCUGGUACACCAUCCCUAAUUAAUAUAUAUAUAUAUAUAAUACGUUAACUACAAAUGUUAAAAAAAAAGUGAAUAGAAAUAUGUAAACAUUUGCACACAUUUUGGCUAACUAAUAACUUAUUAAAUAGCCAAAAUGCUUGUAAAUAUGUAGAUAUUUCUAUUCACUCAGACAAGCAAAGAUAGCACAUUUCUGUAAAAGAAAAUUGGAAGAUUCUAAUCACAUAUAAAUGAUCUACAUAUUCUAAUGCAACAUGGAUCUUGAUAUGCCUUACAACUAAUAAUAUAGUUUGCAAUUAAUGAAGACAAAUUGAUUGCUCUGUUUAAAAGCACCAAAAAUACCUUACAAGCAUCCUAACUGCACUUGAAACAUAACAGGGCAUAUGAAAAGCCAUUUGUUCAGUAAAGAUCAGAAAUAGAUUAUCCUGUUUUCAUGAAUUUAAAUGCUGCUUCUGGCAGUUUUCACUUCUUUUGGUAUUAUGAAUCCAAGCAGAAUACUUUUAUGAAGUACUAAAAAACGUAUUAAACCCCAUUAGCAGUUAAUGCUCCUGCAAAUCAUUCACAGACAAUACUGUUUUAGUUUCAUAAUUCAGAUUAAGUUUUAUUUUUUUCAGCUUCCAACUAAGCUUGGGUCCAUUAUUAUUUUACCCCAGGAUUUUACAAAUGUUUUAUACAUGUCCUUAUUUUCAUUUUAUCACAUCCGAGUGUCACAAAGUAUUGAGAUCAUUACUAGACUAAUUAAUAUCAAUUUAUUUAUGUAUUUAAAUUUUUUCUCAUACUCAGAUUAUGAUAUCACUCAACAGAAAUUAGUUGAUAGCUAGAAGCUUAUUGAGUAGACAUGUGCAAUUCGUUUAGUUCCGAAUGUGAAUUCGGACGAAUUUUGGGCAAUUCGGACAUUCGGAUACUUUCGAAUGUCAGAAUAGAUGAAUUGCCGAAUUUCUGAAGUGCUGAACCGAACCGAAGUGCCAAAGUCCCGAAGCGCAGAAUUUCUAAAUAGCCGAAGUGCCGAAGCACAGAAUUGCUAAAGUACUAAUAUACCCAGUGGAAGAAUGAAGAGUGUUACACUGUAUACCAGUUUAAAUAAAAAGUAUACACACAUAGCCAGAAUUCAGCUGUAAGCAUUUGCAACACUUACAACAAUCAAGUAACACGUUCAUAUAAAAUGUAAGUUACUUAGCCAGUCAAUGGAUGGGAAUGAGUAAGUAGAUAACUCCCUAAUUCCCACGGUAUUAGGGAGCUAUCUACCAAAAGGCUGAAAGACCUAAAUUGGUCUUUCAGACAAAUUUACUAAUACUAAGUAAAGAUUACUUGGUAUUAAAAAAAUAUACCGCAAGUAGGGGCAUGUCUACUAAUGGGUGAGCAGCCUAUGGCUAUGGCUGCUCACUGUUUAAAAAAAACAUCUCCCCCAGCUCCUUUGCGUUUCUCUUUCUCCCCUUCUCUCUGUGUGUCUCUUCCCCUCUCGAAAACCCUUUGUGUGUCUCUUUCUCCCCUUUUCCAUCCCCUAUGUGUGCUUCUUCUCAUUCAGCACCUAUUAUGUUUCUCUAUCCCCCCUUCCUCACCCCUCUGUCUUUUUAUCCGCCCCCAGCUCCUCUAUGUCUCUUUUGUCCCUCCAACUUCCCUUUGAGGUCUCCACCCUGUUCCUGCUCACGUCCCUCCUCCUUGUAGUGGGACGAGCCAUGUACUCACAAGUCUGACAAGAAGCUGUUCGGUGCUCUCAGUGAGCACUUCCAGUCAGACCGGGUAGAGGAUGAUGAAGCUCCUCAACCACAGUCUGCAGCUCAGCCCACUACAAUGACUCACCGGCUGGAGGGAAGUGCGGUGAAAUGGAUCUUGCACCCCCUCGGCCCUUGCAGUCUGCCACCUUAUGGUAGCGCCGGCCCUGCACUUAAUUCAGCCAUACAUUUUUUUGCAAAUAUCCCCUUUUUUUAAACUUUAAAUUACUGCUCCCUAUUUUUCAUAAGAUACCAAAGGAAACAUAUAAUAACCAAUCAUUAAAAAAUAAUAAUCAUUUUAAAGUUAAAAAUGAAAAAAAUCUCACUUCCUAUUUUGUUUUUAAUCCAGAUGUGUAUAAUAUAAUUUUAAUUAUUUUUGUUUUUAAAUCUGCCUUGCAAUAAUGCCUGAUAUUUCAUGGUCAUUGGGCCAGACAAUAUUGUAGCCAUUUCUACAUGUCCGCACAGCCAUAGACAGCAUUUUCUCUGCUGUUCCUUAAAGCGACACAGUCACUAUCUGGGGACUUUCUGUAAUUUGCAAGUACCUACCUUAUCUCAAAACUGGGAAAGGAAGAAAUUAGUUGUAUUUACAAUUUAAAAAUCCUUAUCCCUCAUGGUUUAAACUCUGAUUUUGAAGUCUGCCAUUUUUAAUGAUUUUUUAUAUAUAUUUUACUCAGAUCCAUUUUAAUAUCAUAUCCAUUAUUUUCACCAUUAUUUUUCUUUUAAUAAGAGCCAACUUAUAUGCAUGUUUACUCUCUUAACCACUUUUUGGGUUUUAUUUGAAUUUUUAGUGUAUAUGAAUAUUUGGAUUUUAUAUUGUAUAUGAAUAUCUUUAUUUACCUACACAACUACUGUAAUUUCUUCUUUUUUCUGUUUUUCUUCCUCUAUGUAUGUAUUGUAUAUAUUUACCCAUGAACUUUUAAUGAACUGCUCGAUGAAACAAAAACGCAAUAAUUUGCGCUUUUUAAAAUAACUGAACAAGGGGGGAGAAGUAUACAAAAGUAUUUUGAGCACAGUGGAACGCAUGAAUGCGCUCCAAUAUAGAGGAAUGGACACAAAUCACAUGCGUUCCACCAAUGGAACGCAAAAUCCGGAACUCGGAACCGGAAGUAAACGCACGAUAUGCAGAGGAAUAGAUGUGAACCACAUGCGUUCCACCUAUGGAAUGCACAACCCGAUACUGUAAAUGACCGCACGACAGGAAAAGACCGCCAAUUAAGGUAGAUUUAAAAGGAAACCCACAGACAGGACAACAGCAGCAACUGAGGAAGUCUCCCAACGAGGCUAAACGCGUUUUGCACUACAAAGGACCUACAGACACCUUAUUAUGAACUUACCUUUGGACUGUAAGGUUUUUAUUUUUAUCAAUUUGUUUUUAUAUUCUAUCUUAGAAUGUUUUUUAUUUUUUUCCUUUGUGCACUUUAUAAUAUAGCACUUUACAUUAACAUUUACUACUGAGAGGAUAUUCGAUUCUUUGGAACCAUUCUACUACUCAAGAAGGGAGUGGGGACCUUUAUACCCCACAAAGCUGGAAAUCUGAGCCUAUUAUUAUUGGCUCCAACCUUGUGAGUGUAUUUUCACCCAUUAUCUACACUCUAAUAUUUAUAACUGACAAUAUUGCAUUAUUGUUUGCCUUUUUUGUAUUUUAUUACUAGGACGAUACUCGCCCAAGAAUUGACUAAACAUUAAUAGGAAAGAUACUCAACCUUAUAUGUAUGUAUAUUUAUGUUUAUUGUGAGAUUUAAGGGAAACUCACUAAGGUGUUAGAGUUUUGAUUAUUAUUCAUACUACUCACUGGGAUUCUGUCACCAUUUAUCGACCUACCUUAUCUCAGUAUAUCUUUUGGCUGGGUUGGAAAAUCUGUGAAAUUCCAACAUAUCUCAAUAUUUUCAAUAUAGCUCUAUGAAAUGCUCAUUUGGGGGGGGGAGAGGAAGGUGACAAUGCUGCUUUUAUGCUAUUACAUUGCAAAAUCGCAUUAAUUAUAUUACCUUGUUUGGUUUAUUUGUAUUUAGUGGAUAUAAGUAAUUAGUCACAUGCUGACAUCAAAUAUUGCUUUUUGUAGAAUAUGAAAUCAGUGAAAAAGAUUGUUUCAAGUCAUGAGGAUUACAAAGCUGAACAAAUCCACCAACAAGCCGAAGCAACUAAGGUAAAUAUAACUAUAAUUGCACAUUCUGUUACUUUUUAUUUAAAUGGGGAAUAUUUUAGUUUUAAUAGCAGUGAUGUAUGUUAUAAUUCCUAACUAAACUUACAUGAAAUGUUAUUUAAUGCUUAUUUAUAAUUUAGUUUUUAAUGCGGAGUGUCACAAACAAGUAGUUUUCCUGGCACUAUAACUCUAUAUAGUGCCCCACUCCUUCAAGGCCUCCUACCCCUCUCUCUUGGUGCAGAAAGAGUUAAAAACCCCUUCUAUCACUUGCCUGAGUCCAGUGCCAUUGGUUCGAACUCUGCCUUUGCUGCUGCUCCUCCCACUGCCGGCAUCAGCUCGCCAAUGGCCACGCUCACAUUAGUAUUUCCCCCACAGGAAAGUAUGUAUAAUGCUUUCCUAAGGACGCUGGAUGACCUGAUGCAUAGUGUGAGGAUGUCCAGCGUCAGGCGACCAAAAGUCACCUAAUCACCUGGAAGUCCCUAUAGUGACUGUCUACUAGACAGCCACUAAAGUUGGAGUUUCCCCUAAAAUGUAAUUAUUGCAGUUCAUUAAAAACUGCAAUACUUACCUACGCAGGGUGAAAGGACUUGGGAUUAUGCACCCAGACCAAUUCAAUGAGAUGGCGUGGUCUGGGUACCUAUAGUAUCUCUUUGUUGAGCUUUCCAAAGGAUUUAAUACUGUUAGAAAAAGUUUCUGAAUUAUAUUUCUACAAAUACCACCAUUGACUUUAAAGUUGAUUUCUGUAGAUAAAUCCUUUGUAAUGCUUAUUUAACAGUAUUUAAUCUUUUGGAAAGCUUAUUAAAUCAAAGUCAUAAUUAUAAAUUUCAAUCCUUACAGAAAGUCUGCUACUCAAAUUAAACAUUUUCACAACACCAAUUAUCUAUUUUAAAACAAGUUAGAAAUUAAUUUGAUGCAUGUUACAUUUAUAAAAGCUGUUCAACUCAACAUAAAAAUAAUAUUACAUGGAUUACCGUUAACUAAAUUAGAAACAUAGAAAUGUACUUUACCGAGUUAAAGAAAGGGAAAGAGGGGAAGAGAACUAAAAGGGUGUUAAAAACAUUAGAUUUGGCAUUUACUUGUAAUAAUGACUUAUAUUUCAGAGAUUGUUACUUUAAAAUACACAUCUUAUAGCAUAACAAUUAUAUAAAGACAUAAAAAAACAAAUGUAAUUUUAGAUUUGAUAGUGUAUUUUAUCUUUAAUUUUCAGUCUUCUUGACCAAUUUAUCUCCACCUAGUUUUGAGAUCCUUGAAUGCAAUGGAUAAGACCCACUGAAAUGGGAUAGACAAGGUAGAUAAGUUGUUAAAAAAAAUUAUGUUAGAAUGAUCAGAAAGGCAGGGCGAGGGUCAAAUGAACGCUAAAUUGGUUAUUCAAAGGAUAGCCAAAGUUAAGGGAAGAAUAAUGCAAUGUAUGCAAUGGAAGGCAAUGUGCUUGAGUGAGUACAUAAUGAACAUUGAGAACCACAGACUGUUAGGUGGAUAGACUUAAAACCAGAUUGGAUAGCAACUAGAAUAGAAAAUGGGUGAAUAUAGUUCAUGUGUUGGCUGUUGAUAUGACCAGUAAGGCAGGGGACAGAGGACUAAAUGGUCCAUAAUUAGUGCGGUACAUACUUCAUAUUGACGAAGCUUGAAAUAUUUUAUUAAUCAAUAUAUCUGACCUUUACAGCCUUUAAAAUCAAACAAAAAAAAGUGACAUUUAUGACUUCAUAUUAUUUUUAAAUGAGAAUCAUGAUUAUCAAAUGCAUAAUGUUGAAGUCGGUAUUAUUUCUUAAAUCAAAUUCUCAAGUCAAUUUACAGUCCAAUAUUAUUUAAUAAUGUAUAUCGUAAUUUGUUUUUUUGACUUUUUUGGCAUAUUUCACAGUAUGAAAAUGCAUUGGAAAGACAGUUCAAUAAUAUGACCAAAGCCUUGAAUACUAUUCGAAAUCACCUGGAGGAGGUCAGUACAAUUUUCUUUGGCUUUCCUUUCAUUUUAAUAGAAAUUACCGCUUUUGAAAAUGUAAUGCAAUCUACAGUAGAUCUAAGUAGUAAUAGCUAAGUGUUUUGUAAUACAUUAUUCUUUUUUAGUGUUCAAAUUCUAAGGAUUUUCUUUUUAAUUUUAAUAGUAUAUAGUUUGCUCUAUUCAAAUAGGUUACAAAUGCAUUUUCAGGAUUAAAGGCUUUUAAGUGUAUUGUAUUCUAUAUUUGCAAAUGUACUGCAGCAGAUUGCUUUUAAAAAUCCUUUAAAAUACUUAUGUGUUGUUAACAAUAUGAGUGCCAGGAAAAUGCAACUAGUAUUUAACAAAUACUUUUUUGGCAUAACGUUAAUUAGAAGAAUAUUUAAGGCUGGAUUCUGUAAGAAAAGUAAAGAUUGAUAGCUGAAUAGCAGUUCAUCUAUUGAAGUCUAUGAUAAAAUUGAUAUUCAGUAAGCAGAGUAAACCCUAAGAGAAUCCAGGACAUUAUUUGUGUGUUUGACUGCUAAUAAGAUGCAUGCUGCCAGCAUUAUAGAAACACGUUUAAAGAGAGCUGACAGUAUGUGUCAACAAAAAGUAUAUUCCCCCACUGUUACACAAUCAGUCAACAAUAUAAUACUCAACGUAUAAAGUGGGAAAAAAAUCUAUGGUCUCUCAGAAUAUAUGUGUACAACAACAUAAGGGAAGAAAAAAACAACCAUAGUGUAAACCAUUAAGUAGACAUAUUAGAUUACAUUACUAUAAUUUAACCUUAAACUCCUUAUCUUGGAAGUGCAAACUAAUAUGUGGUGGCAUAUCUACUUAGUAGUUUUACACUAUGGUUGGUUUUUAUUUUCUUCCACAGAAAUUAGCUGUAUCUCCAUUGUGGUGUUGUACAUAUAUUCAACACAAGUCUAUGUUGUUUCCAGCACACAAAAAAAUAUUAUUUGAGUGUCCUUAAAGUGGCCCUGUCAUGCCAAACUUACCUUUCCCCAACUGCUUCCUCUUCUCUACCUCUGUCAGGAUCUGUUCUUCAUUUCUUCCUUUCUGAUCUAGUUUUCUUUCAAACAUAAGGCAAAGUAGGGGCUACUUUGUUUUAUGUAUUUUUCCAUGCUCCAUUUCCUGUGGUCAAAUACAUUUUCCCACAAUAUUCAACUUUCCUCCUGUGUUCUUGUGUUGUUUCAUUCACCGUUCGAACUUCCUGUCAUUUAGACGGGGCACCUGUCUCAGGGAAAUCUUGACUUCUGUAUGAUUUCGGUUCCAGAUUAGCAUGCAUAGGUUACAUCAAGUCAGUGUAAAGAUGAUUCGUUAUUGGGAGGGCUGGAUAUUUAUGCAGUUUAGACAAAAAAAGGAUUUAUGCCAAAAAGCAUUUCUAACUAGUUUCAUAUAGUAUUCCUGUGAUCACUCAUACACCCUCUUAGCAUUACCUCUUGGCAGGGUUUCCAAGGUUCUGCACAUCCUGCAACAUACAUUAAUUCUGCUACAUGCCAAAUUAUAUAUUUGCUGCACGUACAUAAUAACUAAAACUAGCGUAGUGAGACAAGAUGGAGGGACAUAGUGAGACAAGAUGGAGGGACAUAGUGAGACAAGUUGGAGGGACAUAGUCUUUUAUCCUUCACACCUGCAAAUUCACAGAAUUUUGUCCUAGCAGAAUGUGUACAGUUUGUCCAUUCGUGUUAGGACGUGCAUUUUGUUUGGUUCUAAAUUUCAUUAGAAUGAAUAAAAUUCCGAUCCAGUCAGUGAUGCAGCUGCAUCUUGCAGCCGCUUAGUAGAUAGCUCCCUAAUUCCUACAGUAUUCUCACUCUCACUAAAAUUCUCAAUCUCUCUCUCUCCUCUGGUAUAUUUCCAUCACCUUUCAAACAUGCAACUCUAACCCAAAAUCUAAAGAAGCCCAAUCUUGACCCUAACUCACCAUCCAACUAUCGUCCUAUCUCGCUACUGCCUUUUGCAUCCAAGAUCCUUGAAAGAAUUGUGUAUGCGAGAUUGACAGACUUCCUCGAGUCCAACUCUCUGCUAGACAUGCUUCAGUCUGGUUUACGCGCUAAGCACUCUGUGGAAACGGCACUGACCAAAGUAUCCAAUGAUCUACUCGCUGCAAAAUCUCAUGGUCACUACUCUAUCCUAAUUCUCCUUGACCUGUCUGCGGCUUUUGACACUGUUGAUCAUAAACAGCUUCUUCUCAUCCUCCGCAAUAUCGGUCUACAAGAUAUUGCUCUUUCCUGGUGCUCCUCCUACCUCUCCCAGCGCUCUUUCAGUGUUUCUUUCUCUGGCUCUUCUUCUUCUCCCCAACUCCUCUCUGUUGGUGUCCCCCAAGGUUCAGUCCUUGGUCCCCUACUGUUCUCAAUCUAUAGUGCCUCCCUUGGUAAACUCAUUAGUUCCUUUGGCUUCCAAUAUCAUUUCUAUUCGGAUGACAAACAAAUCUAUCUGUCCUCUCCUGAUCUCUCCCCGUCCCUCUUGACUAGUGUCUCUGACUGCCUCUCUGCUGUUUCUAACUGAAUGGCUGCCCACUUCCUUACGUAAGCAGAUGUUUAUAAACUAAAGUUAUCUAACAAUAUCAGGUGUUAUCAUAAUAGAGCUAAUCACAUAUGCAAGAACGAAAUUCGUAAACCAAUAAUAAGUCUCAUACAAGUAAAUAGACAUAUCCCAGAACUAGAAUUCCCCAGCGUCCUAUGACUCUGUAACUUACCUUAUACCAGGGUUGGGAAGAACCAUAAAAAGGGGGGGGAAUAGUCGCCUCCUGUCAUUACUAAACUUAAGAUUAUUAGUACACUGCGUUAGCAUAAUCUUCAAUUCUACAACAUGACAAGAGGCUUCAUAUUUUGCAAUUUUAACGCAUAGGAAGAAGAAAAAAACGCGGUGUUAGAUGACGGACAGAAGUAGAAUGUCCGAAAUGUAGGUUCGUGAGACCAGUCCGCCGCUUGUAAGAUAUCCAAAAGUGACGCACCCUCCAUAAACGGCGAUGAUGCUGCUGCUCCGCGAAUGGAGUGGGCACCAAAAGACAGGUCUAUCCCAGCCAGGGUGAGGAGCCAUCUAAUCCAUCUGGACAGGGUAGAGCCUAAACCGGACCGUGAGGGCUAAUAUAUGACACCAGUAGUUGCUGGGAUGUUGUUGGGCGCAACAUCUCCAUCGCCUUCACAUAUUCAAAGCAUAACCACCCAUAGUUGAGGAACCGAAGCAAAGAACGAGUAGAAGACCGACAACGAAUCAGAUUUAGUUCAUCGUAAAAUACAGAAUGUGACCCCUUCCAGUCGUCCACAUCGAAUGCGUGCAUAUCCAAGACUCAUCGGAACGAGAUGAGGCACAGUAGGAAGGUAAAUUUGGUUGCCAAUUGUCAUAAGGAUAGAAGUUCGUUAGGUGGCCACCAUCUCAAGAACCGAAGCACCACGUCCACAUCCCAUAGACAUUGGUAAUUAGGAGCUCGAGGACAUCUGAGUUUGAUGCCAUGUAGUAGUCGACAGAUCAGGGGGUCUUGAUCAACUGUCCUCCCUUGGGUAGGUAUAUGGGCUUCCGAUAUAGCGGACCUGAUGACAUUGAUGGUGCGGUAUGACUUACCUUCCCCGAACAGUGAAGAGAGGAAAUUCAUCAUCGCGGAAAUAGGAACUGUAAAGGGAUCAAGGUCCCAUCCCACGCACCAACUGGUCCAAGAUCACCAGGCAGAUAAGUAACUCUUCCGUGUUACUGGGGCCCAGGAAUCCCACAGUAGGUCUUUAGUCGCUGACGAUAAGUCGUUGGUACACCAUGCACCCCGAAAGAGUCCAGGUCACUAAGGACCUCACUAAGGACCUCUCUCUGGAGGAGCCAUCAGACUCUUCUGAGUCUUCCCUGUCUUGGGAGCGUUUAGGAACCAGCCUGAUAGCAUCAGAGGCCGCCGGGAGCACUCCUCUAGGGAUGCGGCCACCGCCGCAUCGAUCAUUGCCUGAAGGUCCAUGUUAUGGGCUAUCUAUGCACUUGAUAUACUAAACAGGCACAAGUAGGAGAGGUAGAGAAACCAGUUGGGAGGGACGUGAAAGAGGCCGUAGGCCAUAAUUUACACACAGCCUAAUGGUGUGCAUCAAUAGAGCAGACUCUUAUAAUCACUGUGGCUCACCGAGGAAAUCAGAAUUGCAUAAACAGAUUCCGUUCAGCAGCACUCUGGGUAUUACCCAAAUGGGGACUCAUCCCUUGCCAGACUACUAGGGUAUACCUGACUGGUAGUCCCACUCUCCAGGGGUAUUUCACCAACCUGACCAGGUCGCUUUGACAGUAUGCACAUUUUCACAGCUGGACUGAAAAUUCCAAAAGCAGAGAGCCUCUUUGUGAUGAGAGUAGAAUCCACUAUUAAACACACGAACAAGAUGGCCGCAACGAGUCUUGCGAGAACCGGGGCUAAAUGGCAUAGAAAAAGCCAGCAAAAUGCAUUUGCAGGAAAACAUACGAACGUCAGGGGAAAGAGACUAGACGUGAACAGCAGAAUUCCAUCGAACAGUCCAUUCACGAAAAACAAACUACCGAACGUAUAAUGAGGAUAGAACUCCGCAAACGGAGGUUUACGAACGGUUAGUUCAUGUGCAAAUCCCUGAACGUAAUGCAGAGAAUAGCCGCGAAUUGGGAAACCUCGCAAACGGACCAUUCGUGCCUAAAUGAUAGUACUUCAAAGGAAUCAGUGUAAGCUAAAUAUUUAAAAAAUGGUAAUCACAACAAGUGCAUGUAUCAUUAAUAUUGGUGCUGUGGAUAAAAUCCAUACAUUUCCACAUUUACAAAAUAAUUAGAAUACAGACAAAACACUAUUUUAAGUCUUUAAAACUAUUAAAUAACUAUUUUGUCCUUGUAUUUGAAAUUCACUUUGGUAAAUAACACUAACAUUGUCUUUUCCUGUACCACCCUUAACCCCUCUCUCUCUCUUACCCACAUCAGCUCACAAACAUUUCUGCCCCCACCCCCACUUUAUAUAGUGUGUGACAUACUGGGUUUUCAUAUUUGCAUUGAGUUGGGACCGGUGCCUAUUUGCCUUUCCAAUUAUUAUUAUUAAAAAAUCUAUGCAGAAAAAAAUCAAAAUUGAAAGAAAAUUAGAUUCCUGCAUAUUCAAUGUAAUGAAAAAUGUAGUUUUCUUAUGCAAUAUAAGCUUUGUAUCAAAACCUAACAAAUUCCCAUCAAAAGUAAAUUGUUUUCAAACUAUCAUUGUUAAAAGUUUUAAAUCAAAGCAUAUGUGCUUUACCCCAUCAUGAAAAUGUGCAUAAUUUUUUGAACCAUGUUUCAGUAAUUACAGACUUCUACCACAAGGUGUCAGCAAAGGAAUAUAUUUCAAUAUAGCACUGAAUCGGCUAAUUCUUACUUUAUUGUAAAUUAUUUUAAAAAAAAUUUUCUUUAAAUAUGUGAGUGCUGAAUAAUAACUAAUCAAUUUAAUGGAGUAGUAUUGUGUACAAAAUUGCACACUGUUAGUGUUUUUACAAUACAAGGGUUACUUGUCAUGUAAGAAAGAGGUGUAAUUAUGUUAUCGGCAUUUUCUGAUGAAAUAUUAAUAAUAAAUAUGUACAUAUAAAUAGGUAAAAAAAUUAAAUAUAAACAAUAAAAAUUUAAAAUUUUGUUCUUGUUAGAUUGUGUGAACAACGCAAUUUAGGUUUCUUUGUUAAUCCCCACAAUUGAUCUUCCCCAGAAUAUAUUUUCAUGAGGUUUCCGAUAUCACAGCAAACGCUUCUUUAUAAGUAGCCACUCUUAAAGUGGCUACUAAUAAAGACUGGACAUACCCAGAGUUGUUUACUUUGCAAAUGGUGAGCCCAAAUGUGGGUAAUUGUCAUUUCUGGACUGCCAUACGGGCUCAAACGCAAUAUAGGCCCAGCAAAACAAUCUUGGAAAUUUCAAUGUGGAAAAAACUGAAAACGGGGAAAACCUGUAAUUUGCCCAAACCCCACAAACCCUGAACAUGGAGGGUACUAUUGUUCUUGUGAGACAUCGCUUAACACAAAUAUGUGUGUUUUAUUGUAGUAAACGCUAACAGUAUUUUGACAUUCACAGUUAAAAUGCCAUGCAGAACUUGAACAAUAACAUUUCUUAUUUCUCAAACUUUUUAUGUUUUAUUCAUAAUAAAUUAUGUUUCAUAUGUGAAUCUUUGAUGUAAAAUGAAAGCUCUGUUUCUUCUGAAAAAAAAUCAUAUAACAUAAGUGUGGGUACACUUAAUAUGAAAUAGAUAAAUUAUGGUUGAACAGAAAAAGUGCAAAUUCCAGGUUUAGUUUUAAAUAGUACUUGUACAUUUGCCUCCAUUCUUCAGGGGUUAACAAAAUGUCCAGGUCAUCUGGCAGAAAAACAGCCUCUAAACAUUAAAGAGCCACCACCAUAUUUAACUGUUGACAUGUGGUACUUUUUCAUAUGGCUACUUCUCUCUGUAUACACCAAACCCUCUUCUGGUAUUUAUUGACAAAAAGCUCUAUUUCAUCUGACCAUAGAACCUGAUCCCAUUUUAAUUCCGAUAGUGUCAGGCAAACCGGAGAUGCUUGAAUUUGUUUUUGGAUGAGAGUAAAGGCUUUUUUUCUUGAAACCCUUGUGGGUCGUGAAAACAACUUGUGGUAAUGUACGUGACAUUGGAUUGAUGUUUUGGAGACUGUCUUACCCCAAGACACAACUAAGUUCUUCAAUCAUCCAGCUGUGAUCCUUGGAUAAUUUUUGGCCACUCAAACCAUCUUCCUUACAGUUUAUUGAGACAAUACAUAUGGUAUAAUUAGGCAUUUUCAAUGCUUUUGCUAUUUUCUUGUACACUUUAUAUUUUGUGAUGCUCAAUAAUCUUUUGCAACACAUUACACCUAUAUUCCUCGGUCUAACUUAUUUUGACAAAUGAAGAUAAUUUGGCCUAUGAGUUACCUCAUUUUUAUACCCCUGUAAAACUGGAAGUCAUGGUCAAACAAUUUCCUGGUCCUAGUCACACAGUUGUUCUAAAAAUGUAAAAUAUAUAUGUGAAUAUACUUUUCUCAUAAAAAAAGGAAUUGUACCACACAUAUAUUGAAUAAAGAUAUUUUAGACAAACCUGUGUUGUGUUUGCAAUAGUUUGAUAUUCAUGAGAGCAGAGUAUUUUUGUGUAUUUUUUUAAGAAAAUAACGAAAGGUUAAGCAAUGAAGACAAAUUUCCACAGCUUCUUUGCUCCACCAAGGGUUCCAAUAUUAGUGCAGGGCAUUGUAUUUCCCCUGCUGUAAGUCCCCUUAAAUUAAUACUAUGCUGUAAAAACGAUACUUGGGCCUUUAUUAUAAAUAACUUUCCAUUCACCCACAUUUUCCAACAGCUACAUUCCCACAUUGUAACCUGCAAAAAUGCUUAGUAACACAACCUCACAUACAUAUUUAAUGUUCCAUACAUAUCUCAAAACCCUCAGUGCUCUCCUCUCAUCAUUCUCACAUACACACAUCCCUUCCAACAUCCCACUUUCUAGAUAUUCAGUAUAUUGAUUUCAUGAAAUAUGUUUAUAACCCCAUUUUUCCUUACAUUUGACAGAACAUGGAUAUAGUCUUCUCGCAGAUAUCACAACUAAGAGAUGAUGUCUACUUUAUUGAAAAUGCUUUAAACCGCUCAAAGCAAGAACAUUUCGGUGUCAUUGAAACAACACCAAAGCCAACUGCGGGACUCUCAAUCCAGAAGACAACAGAUCAUCUGUACAUGGAACCUCAGAGUAGGUGUUUUCCAACUCUUUGUUAUAUACACAAUAAACAUUAUAUAAGAAAAAUGCAUAACUAUUACCAAGAGAACAGAGCAGGAGAUGUGUUUUAAAUGAAACACAAUGUACAAUAAAGGAAACUAAAGAACUGUGGACUCUUUUUCAGCAUGUGUGUAAGGAAGUUAUGUGAGUCACAGCCGGUGGAAGUGUGCCUAAGGCUGCAUAAGAAAAAUAGAGUGAGUUGACUCCUGAAUGGCAGAGAAUUGAGAAAUGAGACUGCAAGGGCAUGAGCUAUACACAAAAACUGCUCCAUUAAGCUAAAGCUGUUAUGGUGUUUAGUGUCCCUUUAAACACAUGCAUUUAGAGGCAAAAUAAAAUGUUAUAUGCCACAUGAUGACAUUAAUUUAAUAGCAGUGCAGCACAUACCCUUAACUCAAAGCAGUUAAUAUAAAGUUCAACAACAACAACAACAACAGCAAAAAGUUGGCAUUUAGUAAUUAUAAAAAAAAAAGUGAGGAAGUGAGGAAGAUAGACAGAUCUACAAGAUUAGGCAGACAGAGGCUAAGCAAGUCAUAAGAGCUUCCAAGUCACACACAGAAGAGAAAACACCCCAGUCAGUAAAAAAAAAAGGGGACAAAAGAUUUUUUAGAUACAUAAAUGAGAAAAGAAAAGUAAAACAAUGAUUACCGUAUAUACUCGUGUAUAAGUCGAUCUCAUGUAUAAGUCGAGUGCAGUUUUGUGACCAACAAUUGUGAAAUAUGCUAUGCCUUGUGGAUAAGUCGAGGGUAAAACUUGGGGCUAUGUAAUUCUGUGAUUUUUAUAAUUAUAUACACACACACUCAUACAAACACACACUCUGCAUUAUAUACACACACACACUCAUACAAACACACACUCUGCAUUAUAUACACACACUCUGUGUAUAUAAUGCAGAGUGUGUAUAUAAUGUAGUGUGUGUGAACUGGGUGGGGGGAGGGCACUUUUAUUAUUUUAAUUUUAUUUAUUUUAAUAUAAUUUUUCUAUUUUAUUUUUUUUUUGUCCCCCCCCUACCUGCUUGUUAACUGGUCAGGGAGGGGGGCUAUCUUAAUCCCUGGUGGUCCAGUGGCAUGGGCUGUGAAGUGGGGGGGCCGGCAGGAAGCAUUUACUUUCCUGCAGCUCCUGUCAGCUCCUUUCUCCACCGUUCCGGUCAGCUCCACUGUAAGUCUCGCGGUCUGGUUGCCGCGCGGAUCGUUGCCAUGGCUCUGACGGCCGCGGCUCUCUAAAUUGCCAUAAUACAGACAGUGACUCGAGUAUAAGUCGAGUGGGGGUUUUUAAGCACAAAAAAUUUGCUGAAAAACUAGACUUAUACUCGAGUAUAUACUGUAGUUAGAGUAAAAACAAAAGAAGGAAAUUAUGUAGAAGAGGAUAAAGGUCUAGCUGACUGCCUCAAUGAAUAUUUUUGUUCAGUAUUUACACAUGAAAAUGAAGGAAAGGGGCCUCAGUUCUGAAAAAGGAAAACUUUGUUACAUGUGAGUUUACAGAGUAAGAGGUUCUAUGUCAACUGUGAAAAGUAAAAACAAAUACGUAGAUGGGGCCUGAUGGUAUACACCCAAUGUUAUUAAAAUAGCUUAGUGGUGUACUAGCAAAACCAUUAACAAAUGUAUUUAACCAAUCAUUGCUAAGAGGAGUGGUCCCAGAAUAUUGUCAAUUAGCAAAUGUUGUGCCCAUUCACAAGAAAGGUAGUAGGGAGGAGUCAGGCAACUAUAGGCCAGUAAGCCUUACUUCAGUAGUGGGGGAAGUAAUGGAAACCAUGUUAAAGGAUGGGAUUGUUGAACAACAGAGACAACAUGGGUUUACUUCAGGGAGGUCAUGUCAAACUAAUCUUAUUGAUUUUUUUUUAUUGAGUAACUAAAAUAAUAGAUCAAGCGGGUGCAGAAGACAUUGCUUUUGACACUGUCGCACAUAGAAGGCCCAUCAAUAAAAUACAAUCUUUAAGUUUGGAUUCAAAUAUUGUUGAAUGAGCUAGGGAGUGGCUGAAUGACAGGCAACAGAGGGUUGUAGUCAAUGGAGUAUAUUCGAAGCAAGGUCUUGUUACCAGUGGAGUACCUCAGGGAUCUGUGCUUGGACCUAUUCUCUUUAAUAUUUUUAUUAGUGAUAUUGCAGAAGGUCUUGAUGGUAAGGUAUAUCUUUUUGUUGAUGAUACAAGAGAUAUGUAACAGGGUUUAUGUUCUAAGAGGGAUAAGCCAAAUGGCAAAUGAUUUGGGUAAAAUAGAAAAAUGGUCAGAGUUGUAGAAACUGACAUUUAAUGUGGAUAAGUGCAAGAUAAUGCAUCUUGGACUUAAAAACCCAAGGGCAGAGUAUAAAAUAUUUGAUACAGUCCUAACCUCAACAUCUGAAAGUAAUUUAGGAGUAAUUAUUUCAUUAUUUUCAUUAUUAUGACUUAAAUGUACGCAGACAAUGUAAUAGAGCAGCAGGAAAUGCUAGCAGAAUGCAUAGGGAGAGGAAUUAGCAGUAGAAAGAGGGAAGUGCUCAUGCUAUUGUACAGAGCACUGGUGAGACCGCACUUGGAGUAUUGUACACAGUACUGGAGAUCGGAUCUUCAGAAGGAUAUUGAUACUUUGUAGAGAGUUCAGAGAAGGACUACUAAACUAGUUAAUUUAUUACAAGAUAAAACUUGCAAGGAAAGCUUAAAGGAUCUUAACAUGUAUAGCUUGGAGGAAAGACGAGACAGGGGGGAUAUGAUAGAAACAUUUAAAUGCAGAAAGGGAAUCAACACAGUAAAAGAGAGGACUAUAUUUAAAAGAAGAAAAACUACCACAGCAAGAGGACAUAGUCUUAAAUUAGAGGGGCAAAGGUUUAAAAAUAAUAUAAGUAUUAGCUCGGCAUAAGGCUAUCCUAGACUUAAGAUAAGGACAGGGACUAACAAGAGUAUUUAGAAAAUUGAGCAGACUGGAUGAGCCGAAUGUUUCUUAUCUGCCGUCACAUUCUAUGUUUCUAUGUACCAUAUAUUAAAAUUAAAAUCAUGAUACAUUACUUGAAAAUAAAAAAACAUCAAGGAAACUUCUAGUCUGCAUACUGCGAGAUAACGUUUCAGAAGUACAUCAGAAAAAUGAAAUGUUAUGAAGCAUACACACAGAAUUUAAGCAUAGCAGAAAUGUACACUGGAAUAAGGCUGCUGGUAAAGCUCGGGACCAAAUGAACAAACACAACCUACCCUACAAAUGUUUAGAUAAUAGUUCUGUAUUACAUCUUAUCAGCAUUGUGCACCCAUUUACUGGAGAAAACAAAAAAAGUUUCAAUGCUGAAAUAAAAAAAUAUAUAUAUACUAGCUGAUGCAGAUGUACAGUAACCUAAAAACUGUCCUAUGCAGAUAUAGAGAAUGAUUGCACAUACUUCUGUUAACAAAUAUAAUGCCUGACCAUGUGCACUACUCUGUGCAACAUAUACAAUGAGCUUUUCAUUGCUCUGUACAAAUAGAAAGCUCACAUGUUCUCUCUAUGCAUUUCUAGGGAAUACAUGUAGUGAUAUAAAAGAUAUAUGGUAUACAAAGCUUAGUAUAAACAUAAAGAUUUAAAUUAAAUUGUGUGCAUAAAUAAAAGCACAUAUUAUACAUAAUGAAGUAAUGAUAUAAGCUUCCAUUCCAUUCCACACAUUGUAUUUUAAUAAAAAAAAAUUGAUUGGGUGAGUUCUGAAAUAGUGCCAAACUUCAAUGAUUUAUGACAUGAUUUAUGUCCUUAAGUGAUAGCCUUUCUAUGUCCUUAAAUGACAGCCUUUUGUUCCCAUUUUCUUAAUAUCUCUCCCACGUGUUUUAAUGCCAAUCUUCCAUGCAUGUUUUCGUGUUUUCCUUGCCAUUUUCCCCAUAUAUUCCAUGACAACCUCUCGAUUCAUUUCUAUGCCAUUUUCUCCUUUGUUCUCUAAAACAGAAUCAGUUUCACUGUGUUUUUCCAAGCCAUUUACAUUUGUUCAUUUACAAACCAGAUUUUCCUGUGUAUUUUAACAGCAGAUAGCCCUUUGCGUUUCCAUGCCAGUGUUUCCUGGGUGUGCCCAUGCCAGCUUCACCCUUGUGUUACAUUUUUUUUUUUAUAUAAAUGCGGGUUAUUUGCAAAUGAACAGUGGCUAUUUCACCAUGCAUGUUGAAUACAACUGUAUGAAAAGUAAAUAAUAUAACAUGUUAUAGACCAGAACUGCAAAAUGAUUUUCAUAUGGAUUUAUUGUAUGUAUACAGAUACAGUUACUAUGGAUAUUGACUGUGUUCUAAUUGUUCUAAUGAUGUGGAAGAAAAAACUCCUUGCUAAACUAUUCAUUUCCUCUCCAACGUACUUUGCUUAUCAGUUAUAUUCAAUAUGCCAUCUGUUUCUUGUAUGCAGUGAUAUACAACCAGAAUCAUUAAAGCCAAUAAUUAUUGUGCGUGUAUAGUUCAUAUCUAUAUUUGAAAUUAAUAUUGUGAAGCACAAUAGGGAAAGGUAUUUGAACAAUGUAAUUGUUCAGAGCGAGAGGUUGUGCUGUUAAAGAUAGUCUUAAACUUGAAAGAGAAACUGGAUAGUAUAGUAUGAUAAGCAAACAAUAUUAAACAGAGUAAUGAUAUUGUUAUAUCUGCUAUAGGUUUAAACACAGAAAUAUAACACAGAAAAAUAAACAUUUAUGUCAUAAAAACAUUUUGCUCUUUUAGUGCCAGAUCUGUUCUUCACAUGGUAACAGCCCAACAAAAAAAAGAUAUGCAUUGUUGUGGCAUUCCAAUGUAAUAUAAGUGACAUCCCUCAUGUUUUUUUCAGUGUCUUCUGUAUUUUCUUUUGUAACGUAUUACUAAUUAGUAUUGAACAUUCAAAGUUCAGCUUUAACUGCACUAACUUUUUCCAUGAUGCAAAAUGAAAUAGUACUGCGAAUGUGAUUGUUAUCAGACUGAUAUGUAAAUAAAAUAGAUUUCUUCUGUAACCAUGCAAGCAAGAUAAAACGUUUGGCAGCUUUCUCCUGAAUAAGAUAAAAAUAUAGGGCACAGACAUUUUUUUUAUUUUUUAAAGGUGAAAUAUUUAUUUAGUCUUCAGAGAAAUUAUGUCUGUUCUUAUUGUCUUUUUAUGCUUUUUAUUUUUAAUGUUUAUUUUUGUGUAGAGCAAUAAAUGUUGAUGCCUGGACUCUGCUGGAUCUCCAUUUUUUUUUUUUUUAAUUCUUUAUUUUUGUUUCAACACCAAGUGCCACUUAACAACAUGAAGUGGCCCGCGCAGGGGCCUGUCAUCAACAUAUAAUGCAAUUUGUUGUACAGAGAAGAUUUAAAGGUAUGUCAGGUGGAUCUCCAUUUUUAAUAGUCACUAUAUGGUAAAAAAGUAUCCAUUUGCAGAACAGGGAGAGUUAUAAACCUUUAUUAAAAAAAAAGAAUGAUCUUUUUAUUUUAAAAUUGUUAAAUUGUUCAAUGUAAUAUGUUUCAAUAGAAUAUUAUUUUUGAAAAAUCAAAACCAUAUACAGGUGGUCUUCACACUUGUGACCUACCUACUUUGACUGCUCGGAUUACGAAUUCGAGGGAUUCCCCAUGUUAGAUAGCUGGUCUAUGUUUGUGGGAUUUUCCCCGAACAUAGAUUUGCAGGAUUCCCUGCGCUACUGAGCUAAUCUAUGUUCAGGGAAUUUUUCCAGAACAUAGACUUGUGGGAUUCCCUGCGCUAGUGAACUGUUCAGAAAUGUUCAGUGGACUGAGUCGUAAGAACGGAACCCCGUCGAUAAGUAAGGACUGUCUGUACUGAUUGAAUUCAAUUUAGGACAUGUUUUUAAUGCAUCAAUUUACUAAACCACAAACCAGAAGAAGACUGGGAACACAUUGGAUUUAUUUUGCCUUGGAUUGUAUUCAAAUGUGCCUAGUCUUUUGUUUUGUGGAUUACCUUGGAGUGAAGUUCCAGCCUUGACAGUUAGAUUUCUCUUGAUUUGUGUGCAUCUUCUCAUCUUUUCUUUUUUUUUCCUUUUUUUAUCAUGAAUUUUGUUCAUUAACAGUUGUAUACAUUAGUAGAAAAAGUUAUUGUACAUUUGACAAUAUAACAUUUCAAUCAUCGUUACAGCAAUCAUGUUUGGUACAUUUAUACACAGCUUGUAAACAUUGUAACUGAUCUCUAGGAUGUAUGUCUAGGAUGUGUAGACACCAUGUGAACAAAUUUCUCUUAUAAGAGAAAAAAGAAGAAUUAGGAAAAGUAAGGAGUGAAGAGAGGACGGGAGAGGAAGGAUUAAGGAGUUUCUUAGUACCCAGCAAAGCCUAACAGAGAUUGGCAAGUAAAGUUACAGCGAUCUAAGCUACCCCCCCCCCCACCAAGCUUUUUCAUUAUACAGAAUCAUCCAGUUUUUUUAGGUUUGCUUUGUGUGAUUGAAUGAUGAAUGCAAUAUUCAAGUUACAACUUUUCCCUCUUCACAUCAUGUUCAUGUAUCAUUUGGGCGCAUAUCAUGCGCACAACUGUUAUGACUUCGAGGGCAUGUGGGUUAUGGGUUAGUGAGACAAUUUGCUUCAUCCCAGCUAGUCCAGGCUACUUUCCAAGUCUUGCUUUGUUGGUAGCUCGUCUAGUCGAUAUUUGAGAUAGUUUAUUGGUUUCAAUAAGUUGUAGGCAUUCUUCCAAUGUAGGGGGUGUUUUUUCUCCAAUUCCUACUGAUGACCAUACGCACUGCAAUGUUUAUAUGGUAUAUGAGGUAAAGCAAGAUAAGUUAUUUUUAGGGUGUAGUUCUGUAGUAGAACUCUAUAUAUCAGAUCUGCUACCCUUUUCCAAUAAUUCACUAUUUGUGGGCAUGCCCACCAUAUGUGGAGCAUAUCUCCAAGCCCGUCUUGACAUCUCCAACAUUGGUCAGAGAUGCUAGGGUGCAUACUAUGCAAGCGCUUUGGUACCAAAUACCAUCUUUAUAAAAUUUUCCUUGAGAGCUCUGUUUGGCGUAUAGUGUACGUUUUUUAUUAGAAGAAAAUAUUAAUGAUUAAUAUUCAGCCCAGCGUAAAGUAUUGAAAUAAUUUUUGUUGCUGGUGCCUGUUUCGUCAGUAUUUUCUCAAAGUUCCUCAGCUGCUGCAUAUUUACACUGCGCCACUCUGGAAUAUAGUGUUUCAGUAACCACAUUUUUAAUUGUAGAUAAGAGAAGUGAGCUACACUUGGGAGGUUAUGGCUUUGUUGUAGAUGGGCAAAUGCUAUAACCUUAUUAUCAUGGAUCAAUAGGUGGACAUAGCAUAUGUCAUGUCUUUCCCAGAUUCGAGAAUUAAGAUUAGGUAUAAUGUAUUGAAGUGUGGAGAUUGUCAAUGACGGGGAGUACAGGUCAUGAGAGCAGUACCUGUGUCUGUGUGUGUUCCAUACAUGCCUUGUGAAGGCUGUCAUAGGAAGUAUGGGUAUCUGUCUAGGUCUAAGGCAGUUGGGUAUCCACAUCAAGGAGGAAAAAUGAUGGCCCCUUGUUACUGUUGAUUCAAUGCCUACCUAUUGUGGGGGUUGUCUCUGCGUCUGAGCCAGCACCAGUAGAGUAAUAUUGGCUGCUAAGUAAUAAUAUUGAAUAUUCGGUAGGCUCAUGCCUCCCUUUGUGAAGUGGAGGUACAGAGUGGAUGCAGAGACUCUCGGUCUUUUGUCUGCCCAUAUGAAUUUGUAUAUUAGUGUAGCGGAGAGCGGGUCUCUCACAGACUAUCUCCGCUGGUAAUCCAAGUGAGGCUCAGGAACAAGUAGUUAUACCCAAGAGAAUAAUUUCCACGGUUAGUAAAGUAAUCCAAAAGUAUCCCAUCAUGGUUCCCAAUGACUGGACGACACACAGCAUCAGGAGCAAAACUGGACUUUUAUUCCACACAUCCUUCUUUUAAGCAUUUCUCCCAUGCAAGGGAGGUACCCACAAUAAUUAGUACAGUAGCCAAUCAUUUACACGUUACCUCCCACACAUCUCCUCCCCUCAGUAUGACACAUAAUCCACUUAUACAGUAUAUGGUUUCACCCGGUUUUCAGAUGUACCCCAAAUAUGCUAGGUACAAUUAUACAUGUUAUAUUCCCUAAUAGCCCUGAUCUGGAUGAGCAACAUAUUAAAAAAUCACCCAGAUCGGACCAGGGGUUCGGGAGUUAGGUGGAAAUAGAGAUUUGACCGACCGCACACGAGGUAGUAUCCGAAAACACUUCCAUGUGUUUUGGCCUUGCGGUCGGUCUUGGUUCGGGAGAUAAAAAUCACGAAAAUCCCUGCCAUCCAGGGCUGAGCUGGGGUUCGCAUGAAUAACCUUGUUCGGUAGAUCCAUUUAAACGAAUGAUAGACUGAUGGGUUAUUCUGUUCGGUAGUUCUGGAGCCAUGGAAGUCUCAGCGGUGUUUGGGUAAUCGAGUGUCCGAUUUGGGUUCCAGACACUCAACGACUAAACACCACUGAGCGUUUGUAUGCCGAAUGGCGGCCACCCAGAAAGCCCACACGGGGGAUUUUGUCAAUUGUCAAUUAGCUUGUGGUUACACUGGAUUAGGGGGGUAAAUGAGAGGCACACUUAUCCCUAGGGUGGUCUGAUUGUUCAGUAGUUUCAUUCGUAUGAUGAACGGAAUGAUUUUACCGAACAAUCAGACAAAUGCUGCAUACACUAUCAAUACACAUAGCAGGAAAUAACCGAAAGUACAUUAUAACACACAAUUUUGCAGACAGCCCAAUGCCAUCUGCUACAAUUAGCUUUUGGCUUUCUGUGAAGUAUUUAGUUGGCACCUUGAUUGGUAGUGUUCUGAACAGAUACUGGUAUUUAGGAAUAGCUAUCAUCUUAACCGCGGCCAUACUGCCUGAGCAGGAAAUAAAUGUAUUUUACCAGCUUGUAAGGAGUUUCUUAAUGUAAUUUUGUAGACUUAUGUAGUUUGCCUUGUACAGUUUAUCUAUGGAGUUGGUAAGUUUAAUUCCCAAGAAUGUUAAAUGGUCAGUUGUCUGUGUAAGUGUGUGCAAAGAGGCAUGGAAGGCAUUAAAACUCAUGGCCUGGGUUUUUGUAAUGUUUAGUUUAUAGUAAGAGCAGUGUCUAAAAUGGCUGCAAACCUAGAGACUAGAGUUAUGAAGGGUGAGGAGAAUGUCGUCCUCAAAAAGUGUUAGUUUGUACUCUCGUUGGUGAAUACGUACUCCAGGAUGGUGGAUCAUUGCGAAUUAAGUUAAGUGGUUCUAAUUCCAAUAUGUACAAUAAGGGUGACAGUGAGCAUCCCUGCCUAGAACCAUUACUAAUACUAAUGCCAAUGAUACAAAUCCUCUAUUGGUGACUCUUGCCGCUGGGUUGCUAUAUAGCACCUUAACCGCCAUGGGUAAGGCUGGUGGGAACUGGAACUUUUUUAACACCGCAAGGAGGAAGGGCCAGUGCAGCCUAUCAAAGACUUUUUCAACAUCCAACAAGAGGAAUACACAGUCCACCCCCCCCCGCCCCGCCCCGCAAGCUGUGCAUCAAGUCAAUAACCUUAGUCCCAUCCACUCCCUGACGCCCCUUAACAAACCCCACUUGGUCAUCAUGGACAAUGGUGGGAAUGAUAUAUGAUAGUCUAUUAGUGAAAAGUUUCACUAAGAUUUUAAUAUAUCUGUGUUCAGGAGUGAUAUUGGCCUUAAAUUUUGAACCCUAUUUGGUAUUUUCCCUGGUUUGGGCAAUGUCAUGAUGUGUGCCAUCAGCAUUUCAGCUCGUGUGUCUCCAGAGGCUAGCAGCUAUUGAAAAGUGUUCAAGAGAUGUGGGGCGAGGGUGGAGGAGAAGGCUUUAUAGUAUGGAUUUGACAGCCCAUCAGGGCCAGGCGAUUUCCCAGAUGGUAGGGCAUCGAUGAUGGUAAUGAUUUCCUCAACUGUGAUGGGGGAUUGUAGCAGUGUUUGUUGGUCCAUUGUAAGGGUUGGGAGGUUCAUUCUCUCCAGAAAGUCAGAGAUCUCAGUGUCAGUUGGUUGGUGGGUAUGUGCAUCAGAUUUUAAGUUAUAUAGCUUAGUGUAGUAUGUUGCCAGUUGGUCAGUGAUGUGUUGGGGGUUAUAUAUUUUCGUGUCAUCCGGCUGCAGAAGAUAAGGUAUUUUGGAAGAGGCCUGCUGUUUACGUAACCGUGAAGCGAUGAGCUACCCUGCUUUAUUUCUGUGAGCAUAUUCCCUAACUUUCAGUCUUUGCAAUAUGUGUGCUGUUUUAGUCAUAUGAAGUUCAUUGAGGGAUUUGGUUAUUGUAUCUGUGGAGUUUUGCAGUGCAGUUGUGGGGGUUAAAUAGUGUCUUGCAGAUGCAUCUCUCAGAGCUAGUUAGAGUGACAGACGUUGAGCAGAUGUGGCUCUCUUGCGAUGUGAUGCUUGGCUAAGGAAUAGGCCUUACACAACCGUUUUAUGUGCCAACCAUUGAGUGAAGGUGGAUGUAUACAUGGUAGUGUUAGUAGCAAAGUAUGCCUGUAUCUCUGCGUCUACUUUCCCCUUAAACUGUUCGUUGUAUAAUAAUGUGUCAUUAAGUUUCCAGGAUGUGCGCCCCCUUGUAGGGAACUCCUCAGUGAUGGUCAAUAGGACCAGAGCAUGGUCCGAUCAUACUAUGUCUCCCAUGGUGCAGUGCGUCGUUCUACAAAGUAUAGGGGCAGAGGUAAGUACAUGAUCAAUGCGAGAGCAGGUUUUGUGUGCUGGAGAGUGGUGCGAGUAAGUUCGGUCAGAAGGGUGGAGGGUUCUCCACACAUCUUAUAAUUGAAAUUCAGUUAUGAGUUUAGUUAUGGUUUGACAUUGUGUUUUAAGGCUAUUGUUUCUGACUUUAGAAGAGGAAUCUAGAUUGUGGUCUAGUAUAUGAUUCAGAUCUCCGCAGAUGAUUAUCUAGUCUGUGUGGGGAGUCCCUAUUUUGUUUAGGACUUUAUGGAGACAGUUCCUUAGUUUGGUAUUAGGACCAGUGGUGUAUCCUGGUUUUGUGCUGCCCUAGGCAGGACAAAACUCAGGCGCCCCCCUCCCCCCGCGUCACCCCCACCCAACCCUUCCCCCCGCCCCACCUUCUAAAUACACACAAACACACACACACACACACACAGUCAGACAAACACAUACACAGUCAGACACAUACACAGACACAAACACAGUCAGACACAAACACACACACACAGUCAGACACAAACACACACAGUCAGACACACAGUCAGACACAAACACACACACACUACAAACACACAGUCUGACACAAACACACACACACAGUCAGACACACACAGUCAGACACACACACAGACACACACACACACAGUCAGACACAGAUACACACAGUCAGACACACACACACAGACACAUACACACACAGUCAGACACAAACACACACACACACAGUCAGACACAUACACAGACACACAACACAUACACACAGUCAGACACAAACACACACACACAGUCAGACACAUACACAGACACACACAUACACAGACACACACACACACAGUCAGACACAUACAGAGACACAAACACAUACAGAAACACAGUCAGACACAAACACACACACACACACAGAGUCAGGCACACACACACAGUCAGACACACACACACAUUAACUUUUUUUUUUAAUUUAAAUCCCCCCCCCCCAACCUCCUUACCUUUGGGAGUGCUGGGGCUCUCUCCCUGGUGGUCCGGUGGUCCAGUGGCUGCAGGUCGAGCGGGCGGCGCUGGCAGGCGGGUGGCUGGCGAGGGAGCACUUCCCCUGAGCUGACUGCUCAGCUCCCUCGCGCGCCGGCUGCAGAGUGAGGCUGGGAGCCGGAAUAUGACGUCAUCUUCCGGCUCCCAGCUUCACUCUGCGGUGCGCGAGGGAGCUGAGCAGUCAGCUCAUAGGAAGAGCUCCCUCGCCAGCCACCCGCCUGCCAGCGCCGCCCGCUCGGGAUGUCAGUUAGCCGCGAGGCUAACAUGACAUUUGCCCUGGGCAUUUGGGGGGCGGCGUUUUUUGCCGCCCCCUGAAAAAUGCCGCCCAAGGCAAAUGCCUUGUUUGCCUCGCGGCUAAUACGCCCCUGAUUAGGACUGCACACAUUUGCUAUUAUGUAUUCUGUGUCAUUGAUUUUACAGGUGAGUAUUAUAUAACUGUGUUGACUAUCAACUUUGCGCUUAAGAAAUUCAAAUGAUAGAGAUUUGUGGAGAAGGAUUGAUGCCCCCCUUGACAUGGAUGUGUGGGCAGUGUGGUAUUGUAUAGGAUAAUCUCUGGUACCAAAGGAUGGGAUUUUGAGUUUAACAAAGUGCGUUUCUUGAAUACAUAGGAUGUCACCUUUGAUCUGGUUUGCCUCGUCCAUAAGUAUUCUUCGCUUAUGUGUGGUGUUUAAGCCCCGUACGAUGUGUGAGUAAAGCUUCAUAGUUGGGUGGCAUUCAGGGACUGCUUAUGUGUUCCCAGUUUCUCAUGAGCUAUGAAGCCAAGGUACCAACGAUGGAAGUCAGGGAUGUGGAUAAGUCCAGCUGUAUCCACAUCUCGUGGAGGGAUCAAUUGUAAUUGCGGCUCUGAGUGCCAUAGUUGUUCAAAUAGGUAAACCUACUCUCGGGGGAAGGUGAAAGGGUGAGGGGUUAUCCGGGAGAGAAAAAGCACAAAUAAAGAAGUAAAGAAAGAAAAACAACAAAUAAAGAAAGUAUAUGCAAUAAGUCCCGCUGGGGGGGGAGUAGUGCAGUCCUUGUGCACUGUGGGGUAAGGUGGACUGGUAUGUCCUAGCGUGGUGACUAGUUGGGCUUUGGGGGUAAACAAUAUGUAUGGAGAACUACAGUGAUCAUAAAUGUUGCAGCAUAGGUUAGUAACUUUUUUUUUGUUGUUGUUUUGUUUUAUACUGUCUUUAUAUCUAUAUAGCACCUCAACCUCAAUGGGUAGAAGUACUCUUCACUUAAGUGGAGGCACAUACCCCUUUGGGCUUACCAGGAGCAGCUGCAUCCCUACCCAGUCUGACUCCCCUAGAGCAAUAAACACCAGAUACUUAUCAAACUCAGCAUGUACUAUGAGUUGUAGAGCAAACACCAGCUGAAACGGCUACUCAAGUGUACUAGAGUCAAUAAAAUCCAUCAGCCUUAACGUGUAACAUAAAUAUAAUUGGGUGAAUUAUAAGUGGAAACAAAAUCUCUGUCAUAAUUGCAGUCCGCUUGGUACAGGAGCAAGUUUUGGUCCCAGUCAUGGUAAUCAGCGCCCAGUCCAAGACCAUUCCAAGAAGAGCCGGUGUCUUGCGCCCGGCGAGGCUGGGAUUUGUGGUAGUCAGAGUCCCCUCUUUGCCAAGAUAGUCAAACCUUCCUCCGGGGGAUGCAGGGCCAUGAUGGUUCCAUUUCUUAUGGCCAGGAGCUUAGUUGGGUAUCCCCAUCGGUACCUGGUGUUGUUGCUCUUGAGGGUGUCAAUGAUCUGGUGGAAGUUGCGGCGCCUCCUCAGUGUGGCCGCGUAAAGUCUUCAUUGAAGCAUAGUCGGUGUUUUUCAAUAUGAUUUCCUUCACAUGGUAGUAGUGGGCUCGCAGUAGGACAUCUCGCGGAACUGUUGCAGCCAGGUGUGUCAGCUUAGGCACUCGAUGUAACUGGUCCAUCAGCAGCAUGUCGGUAGGCACUUCAGGUGCGAGCACACUGAACAAACCGUGGAUGUAAGUAGGUAGCUCCGCUGCCUCUACAGACUCUGUGAUGCCCCUCAGCCGUAAGUUGUUUCGACGCGAUCAAUCCUCAGCGUCCAUCAUUUAUUGUCCAUGGAGGUAAGUUGUUGUUCCAGCCAUUGGACAUGAUAAGCUAAAUCAUUAUGAGCUGAGGCAAAUUUGGCCAUCUUGCUUUCGUUAUGGGAUGCCCGUGCUCCCAGCUCUUGGAUGCCUUUGUGCAGUGUGUCCACAUGCGAGGACCACAAGGAGUUUGUUUGGCAGACAGGGAGUCCAGCGCCUCCUGUAAGUAUGUUGGGGUUAGGUGUCUGUCCACAACAGGACAGUCCACUUCCAAAGCAGGGUUACUGUCUUCUGAUAGGGCUCCGCCAUCUUGCAGGCAUGGCCUGCACAGCCAGGGGCAUAGGAAUAGGUUUUUGGUCGAAGAAAUUUAAUUUUUCAGACGUGGCUGUGGACCUCUUUCCCUGCGACAUACUUGUGGUCAGGUGUGCAGUUAUACCGGAUAAUUUUCCUAAUUUCACCUUUGUUGAAGUCCAGACGCCAGAGCACAGAUUAAAGCUGCAUUAUUGUUCGGCGGUUAGCCACGCCCCCCAUCUUUUCUUUUUCAGUUGUACAUUUUUAGUACAAAGAGUAACACAUACUGUCAGGUUAGGUAGGUAAAAUCACAAAAUGAGGUACUGUGAGCAUAUUGUCAUCCAUGUAGCAAUAGUAAAAAAAAUGUCUUUAAAAUACCAAUAUAGGUAAAUCCAGUACAGACUUGGGGAUUUGUUUCUGAAUGAACUGCAAUUUUGCUAAAAUUGGACUAAUCGGAUGUUCUGAAGAACGUGGCAGAAUAUUGGAUGAACCGUCUCAUUCAAGUCCAAACAUAUUCAUUUUCAAUCAUGAUUCAUUGUGCCACUCCUGGCACUAGAAAAAAGAGGGAUGGAAUUGAUAUUGGAAUUGCUUGGCCUGCAUGGGAGUCAUUAGGUAAUUAAUUAUGGUGUGAGAUUAGCCUUAGUUUAAUACUGUAUUUAGCAGCUAGAACUGCCAGGGGCACUAUAAAAAAAGCUUUGAGUGGGGUAUAGGAGAUUGUCACUUUGGUUGACAGGCAUCUUGUCAUUCAUCCUUGUGCGAGACUUGUUUAUUUUUUUUGCAAACAGUUUUAAGGAAUGAAAAUCCUUCCUUUUGGGACUGUGGUGUCAAGAAAAAAUAAUAAUUUUGCCUUGCCUGGUCAUUGAUUUUACAGUGAGUAUAGCUUUAUCUUUAAGUUGCAUCUAUUUCUUUCAGCUAAUACUAACAGAAGUCAUAGAGAAAACUUUGAGUAGGAGAUAGGGGACUGUCAGUUGGCAGGAAUUGUGUCAGUCAUCCAAGUGGGAGAAUAUUUUACCAAUAUACAGUUGUUAAAAAUAUUUUUUUUUAUUACCUUGAGGAACGAUAAUCCUUCCAUUGAGGACCGUGGUUUCAGGAAAACAACUCCUUUUGCCUAUCAUGUGUCUUUGACCCUAUUGCAACCCUUAACUUAACAAUAUACCGUUAUUAAAAGUUAUUGUUUUUAUAUUUUUGUUAAUUGUUUGGAAAGAAAAACCUUUCUUUGAGGUCCACGUUGUCAGGGUAAAAUAAUAUUGAUACUAUUGUGACACUAGAGGCAUAUUCAGGAGAAAGAUUAGUAGCAAAUCUGCUGGCCUUAAGAAUACAAUUGUGCAUAUAAAAAAUAUAUAUAUAUAUAGUAUGAAAUAGUGACCCACACUCAACAUUGUGGCAUGCACAAUAUUUAUCAAAUACACUAAUUUCCCCAAGGACUAGAACUUCCACAAUGAAUAGAAAACAGUAGGGAUAGGGCAAAUUAUAGAGGCUAUAAAGAUAACAUACAAUAAUAGUGUGGUUCCCUUUAACACCACAAGUGCAUAGAAAAAAAUUGCACUGACAAACAUACAUUUGUUAGUUGACAGAAAAUGAAAAUGAAAUCCAUGGAAUAUCCCACAGUUAUCCCACAGAGACUAAUUAGAACUGAGAAAGUUAUGUAUCUAUACGAAAACCGCAGACUAAUUGAAUGCUCCUAGGUGGCCGCUAUUUUGUGCAUAUGAAUACAUGUGGUGAGAACAAUAGGUGGCGGCCAUCUUGUCUCCCAAACGCUGCCUACGGGACUUGGUCGUCGAGUGCCUGGAACUGUUUUCAGCAACACACUCGCACGAACACCGGUCUCUAUGUUCCAUUUCCCAGCAACUCAAAUGGAUGGCGUUCGGGAGUUUCAAACUACCGAACACAGGGAGCAUUCUCCAUGAACCAGAUUUAAUCUAUUUAUUGUGGUUUUCAUAUAAAACCCUCACAAACAGAGACCAGCUCUUGCUACAUUUCUUCUGGAACUGUUUCUAGGCUUCAACCUCAUGGCAGACCGGUCAACUCUCCCUGCGGUGCCAUUCGAUAACUACCAAACGGAUUUGGCAAUUUUUUUUAUAUGUUGCUCCCACAGAGACAGACUACCCAGGGACUUUUGUGGAGUUCUUAUGUAUUUUGGGGGUAUUUCGAGAUAUUGUGAAAAAUUUUACUUUUUCUGACCAGAGGAUAAUUGAGUUUAGUAUGUUCCGUAAACUCCAUUAUCUCGCUGGCUCAGAGGAGGUGUUAUACACUGUAUAAAUUGAAUGCCUGUGUUCUUAUUAAACAGUCUUGUCCAAGCAUUAAGCUUUUGCUUAUUAUGCAACACCAGCGAUAUUGGAACCUGUGAAUUAUUGGCGUAUUAUUUUAUGGGAAAAGGGUAUGGAAGAUGGUGAUACCUUCUCAGACCGUCACACUUGGCAUCUCCUAAACCCUCUUUGAAAUUUAAGUUAAUUCCCUUUCAGAGGGAGAAAUACAUUGCUGGCCAUCUUAUGGCCUAUGUAUUUAUCCUUGCUGGCACUCCCUGUGAUUAUUAGGAACCCACAUUUAUUUAUUUAUUUUCUAUUUAAUUUUAGUGUGAGCAUAAGUAAUUACAAAUAUGUACAAAAGUAACCUUUAUUAAAUGUUAAAUAACUCUUAAAAAAACAACACACAGUGAAAUCACACAAUGGAUAGUGAAAUUAUAUGGUGGGUGGAGAGAUGAAGGAGAACAUAUUUAUUAAUAUUAAUAUUCAUCUAUCGCACACACUUUGGGGACAAAGUAUGUUAAAUAUUCCUAAUCAAAAAGGGAGAAGAAUUCACGGCGUAUAUAAUGAUGUUCGAUAAGAAAUUAUUGACCUUCAUCCUUAUGCAUUACUAUUUCCUCUUUGACAACUCCUUCUACCACCAGGUGAGAGGUAGGCCAUGUGGGCAUGACUUGUGCACCAUCAUAUACUAACCUACACCUGGGUUGAAGGGAGCAGACAUGGCAGAAUUAACUAAAUCUACAUAUCUCUGGAAGACAGACACAAAGAGGUGGUUCCUUUAGUUCCUGGAGGCUCUUAACAAUAGCCUGAUUUUAAGAUUCACCAAUGAAUUUGGAGGUAGGGAGAUUAACUUCCUUUAUAUGAAUGAGUCCUAGGACCAACCCUGGCCUACAGCCAUGAACAUCUUGUUAUGGUAGGACCAAGGCUGCCAUAAGAAAUUUUGAGGCCCCUUUACACAGCUGCCCAACAAAAAUAAAACAAUGAAUGUGAUCCAGGUAGGUGAGAAGUAACCAGGUUACUUUCUGGAAUUUGCCCAGGACAGUAGGUUCCAUAGUGGCACAGAGAGUAACAUGCACAGACACAAAGUGGGAAACAGUGGUUGAAGUCCCACCAGAGGCAGUAGGUUUCCUGACAAGCAAAGGAACCUGAAGAAGAGCAUUUCUUCUGGAUAUAAAGAAUGAAGACUUAAAGCUUAGUGGGGAUAAUUGAAUGAUUUAAAGGAAGACUAUAGGGUCAAUAAAACAAACAUGUGUUCCUGACCCUAUAGUGCUAAACCCACCAUAUAGGUGGCUUGCCCCCAAUUAGCCCCUUAAAAGAAAUUAAAACUCACCUUAUUUCCAGUGUUGCGUGGGACUUCCAGCACUGGUCCCACCCCCUGGUGACAUCAGCAAGGGGGCAGGGCCAAACACAGUAUGGGCCAAUCAGCACCAUCAAACACAGUAUGGGCCAAUCAGCAAUGCAUCUUUUUGAGGAAAAUUCAGCAUCCCCAUAUAGUGUGUGGAGACGCUGAACGGCAGUGCUGCCUGCUGUGCAGCACUGUCCCAGGAAGCACCUCCAGUGGCCAUUUGAGGAGUGGCCACUUGGAGGUGUUCCUAGGGGCAAUGUAAACACUGCCUUUUCUUUGAAAAGGCAGUGUUUGCAUUAAAAUGCAUGAAGGCAAUGAUUAUACUCACCAGAAUAAAUACAUUAAGCUAUAGUUGUUCGGGUGACUAUAGUGUCCCUUUAAGUACCGUAUAUACUCGUGUAUAAGUCGAUCUCAUGUAUAAGUCGAGUGCAGUUUUGUGACCAACAAUUGUGAAAUAUGCUAUGCCUCGUGGAUAAGUCGAGGGUAAAACUUGGGGCUAUGAAAUUCUGUGAUUUUUAUAAUUAUAUACACACACACUCAUACAAACACACACUAUGCAUUAUAUACACACACACUUAUACAAACACACACUCUGUAUUAUAUACACACACACACUCAUACAAACACACACUCUGCUUUAUAUACACACACUCUGUGUAUAUAAUGCAGAGUGUGUAUAUAAUGCAGAGUGUGUGUUUGUGUAGUGUGUGUGAACUGGGUGGGGGGAGGGCAUUUUGAUUAUUUAAAUUUUUUUUUUUUUAUAUUAUUAUUUAAAAAAAAAUUUUGUCCCCCCCUGCCUGCUUGUUAACUGGUCAGGGAGGGGGGCUAUCUUAAUCCCUGGUGGUCCAGUGGCAUGGGCUGUGAAGUGGGGGGGCCGGCAGGAGGCAUUUACUUACCUUUCCUGCAGCUCUUGUCAGCUCCCUUCUCCUCCGUUCCGGUCAGCUCCACUGUAAGUCUCGCGGUCUGGUUGCCGCGCGGAUCGUUGCCAUGGCUCUGACGGCCGCGGCUCUCUAAGUUGCCAUCAUACAGACAGUGACUCGAGUAUAAGUCGAGUGGGGGUUUUUAAGCACAAAAAAUGUGCUGAAAAACUAGACUUAUACUCGAGUAUAUACUGUAUACAUCUUUUGGGGUAAUUAAUUUAUAGUGGACUUUCUUUACUUCUUUGUAAAUAUUUUUUAGAGGAAACAAAUAUUUCCUUUACCUUCUUUACUGAAACCUCCAGCAGCAAAGAAAUAGUUAACAUAACUCUUCAGAAACAACCAGAAAUCAGAAAAAAGAACAUUAGAACAAAACUCCCAGGUAGAUCCUCCCACUUCUUUAUUUGAUGAUGUCUAGCAGGAGAUUAUGAAACCAACAGUCAACCAGAAGCUGGCACAACCAAACGAGAACUAGAAGAACUAGAAGAAGUUCCAAUCAAACUGCAAAGACGGGGGGAAGGGGGAAAGAAUAUUUGCCUCCUGUCCUUGAUAAAAUGUAGGUUAUUCAUAUUACCAAGGCUAGAAUAAUCCCUAAUUUUAUGGCAAGACACCCACCAUAAAGGCAGAAGAAGCAUGGGAGCAUGGUCGAAAAUAAAACGUGUGAAAAGUCAACUCCCUAGACAAAUCUGGAGACCCGUCAUUCAGAGCAUCAUCAGCCAUUAGAAAUAUCUAAAUCAGCAGGCCGCUGAUAUCAAGGGGUUUGCCUUGGUGGAACAUAGACCCUGUUCCAGGCCCUUGCGUAAAUCCUUCAAGGAAUGAAUCAUGAAUGUGGCAAACACCGGGUCGAAAUCAGGGGUAAUAGUCACUUUAACCAGGAGUGUUGGACAAGAGCACUCUGCAUGAAGCUUCGUCCUGACUUCCUUAUCCAGAGGAUGGCAGAGCCAAUACCUGGGGACCUCCACAAUGUGACCGGGUGGUGCCCACUUGAAGGAGCAUGGGUGCUUGAGGAGACGUAGGUUGAAGAGAGGCCUUUCUGAAUGGGAUCGUCAACAAGGGUCGACUGAGGUCUCAGAGCAUCAGCCAGGGAGAAGUUGACCACCAUCUUUUUAACAUAGUUUUAGAAACAACCAAAGGUCCCCACGCUGGGAUAAAUAUCGACCAAGCUGCCAGCCCUGUAUUCAUCCAGGACAUCGUAAUCAGAAGUCCCUGACAAGGUUUAGCCAAUUUGACAUGCAAUUUCCCAUUCUCAGCAGAGGUGCUCUGGCCUUUCCAGGGUCAUCUGCACAUGGAGCUCAUCUCCAGGGAGUGGAGAGAACCGUCUGAAUCAGAGCCUCUAGGGCCAGGAGUGAGAGUAUGCUGCAAGGCAGAAGGGGGGCAUCCCAUGGAUGGUUUUAAACAUAUUAGGUAGAGAGUCCACGAUAGUGCACAUUAAAGGGUGAGUCGUUGGCCAUAGUAGCUCCACUGAAAUGGAGAAAAUGCACAGGUCAGUGCAGUAGAGGGAGCACGGUCGGACAAACUGCUCAAUGUGUAGUGCAUAAGUGGUAUGAUCCCCACACAGGAUUCUUUUGAGUAGUCCUCAGGUAUAAAAGUAGCCAAAAUACCAUUAACAAUAUUACUGAGCUACCAUACAAAUGUAUACAAGGAUACAAAGUCGUUAAUAUACAGUUUAAAAUCGUACGUGCUUUUAAGCACUUUCGGACAGAUACUGCAACAUACUCAAAGUGUAUACUUUUGAAACAAGCAUUGCUUUUUCUAUUACCUAAAAUAUACUUUGUUAUAUACUGACUUUGCGAGCCACGCACUAAAAUUCAUUCAGGGAUCUCUUUUAAAUAAUAUUUAAAUAUUAGAAAUGCAUAUAUUACAAAUUAUUAUAUGUAUUAUAUCAUAUAUUCUUAUAUAAUUUCAGCUAUGCAGACUCUAUCAGAGAUGAGAACUGUGAUGCAAUCAAUUUCAAAACCAAAUGAUGUUUUAGAAACAAUUGAUCAAUUAUCAAUUCCUUUUCUAAAGAGUCGACAAGGUGAGAUUAUCACACUUAUUUUUGUAAUUUAUACAACUGACUAAACUACCCUAUGUACAGUAUAUAUACGCAGUAGGAUUUUGAUUGUAAACUUAAUCUUUAAUUGCUGCAUGUUGACAGAUUAUUUAUAUCACCCACCUUCUAAUUCAGUGGAUGGCAACCUAUUGUAAAUGUUCCAUGCAUGGCAUACAUGGUGCCUUUGAAUGGCAUGCAAGGCUUCCUAUAUCCAGAUGGCCCAGAUGGAGAGAUCAGUGGAUCAGCCCAGCACCUGGAGUGCAAGGAAACCUCUGGUCUGCCUCCAGAAGGUGCAAACACCACAGAGUAUUCUCAUUUGCAAUCUGGUACUUAUCAGUGAUUCAGAAUGUUGCCAUUGGUUACCAUCGCAAUGCUCUAACUCACUGCUAAAGGUCUAGACCAGGGGUUCCUAACCCGUGGUAUGCGUACCCCCAGAGAUACAAUUCCAAGCCUCUGAGGGUUCAUGAAAAGAAAUUAUUAAUGGCGGCAGUGCAGCUGCAUCACACGGGCUGGGAACAUGGGUAAAGGUCCAUCAGGUGGCCCAUGCACUCAGGGCCACCUGAUGGAAAUGUGCCAUGAGGGGCCGGGUUGUGCACUUGUAAUGUGCAGGGAGAGCUGCGAGGAACUGAGGGAGAGUUGGGUACGUCCUCCCAACUCAAAAAAGUAGAGGGAAGGAGGGAGAGCUGCGAGCUGUCAGUGCCUGCCCCCACCCGCCCACAAUAUCUCAAUGCCGCCCUACUUGCCGUUUCAUGCCCGCAUAACUCCGCAUUCUAGCAGUCUUAACUCCACCCCCUUUCUGGCUCGUCCCUGCCUCUGCCAGCUUAACUGCAUGUGUGUCAGUGUUUUUCUGUGUGUUUAUGUAUCUGCCUGGGUCAGUGUAUCUGUCUGUAUCCGUGUGUGUCAAUGUUUGGAUCUGUGUGUCUGUACACAUGUUGGUAUGUGUGUGUGUCAGUGUGUAUAUCUGUGUAUCUGCAUGUGUCACAGUGUGUGUAUCAGUGUGUCUGUGCAAUUGUAUGUGUGUCAGUGUUUCUAUUUCUGUGUCUGCAUGUGUGUAUAUCUGUGUAUCUGCAUGUGUAUCAGUGCUUCUGUGCAAUUGUAUGUGUGUUAGUGUUUCCAUCUGUGUGUCUGCAUGUGUGGCAGUGGUUGUAUCAGUGUUUCUGUGCAACUGUAUGUAUGUCUUUACAUCUGUUUGCGUGUCAGUGUGUGUAUAUGUGUAUCUGCAUAUGUAUCAGUGUGUCUGUGCAUCUACAUGUGUGUCAGUGUGUCUGUGAAAUUGUAGGUGUGUCAUUGUUUCCAAAACUAAUGGAAAUAGGUGUAAUAGAUAUAAUAAAAAGGGCAGCUCAUAGGUCAAAAAAGGUUAUGUGCGCUUCUCAAGGUAACAACAUAAAAAUAGAACGAUGAAUAGUAAAAAGGUCAAUUUUAUUGAUAUAUAUAUAAAACCAUGCAUAUAAAUCCUAAAAAUAGUACUAAAUCCUGAAUAUAAACUUCACCAUACUGAUCAAGUUCUAAUCUGUAAUGAGUUUAUAAAGGUAAUAAAGAACAAUAUGUAUAUAUGGCGUGUAUAAACAGGCACCGAUAGAUGAAUGUGAUACAUGUAUCUCAAAGCUACCGCGCCUGUAAACACAUACAAUUACAAACCAAUAAGAAACAUUUAACAAAAAUGUAUCCCUGAGCACAUAAAAAAUAGUAAUGCACAAAAAAUACCUUGCCUCGGUGUGGGCCCCCACCGAGGUAUAUGCAAAAAAACGUGUCCCAGAAGACAAAUCCUUAAAAGAUAAAAAAUGAAGAAUGUCCAACGGGGUGACACGAAACCCAGAGGGGUAAUAUAUCAGAGAUGAAUAGAUAGAUAUACUUCAUACCGCGGUCGGGCUCUUCGAAAGAGACCGCGGUGUAGCUUGAUGUAGCUAGCAGAUGGACGAACAAGAGACAACCACGUCCGGACUCUGGGCUCAACAGCUGGAACUGGACCAUAACCACUAUGGUGUGCUGUAAUGGUAAUGAUGCUUGGCAUUUCCUUUAAUGAAGAAAUGGAGAUUCCAUUUGAUGCUCUAUCUCACUCGCUACAUAUUAAAUAAACAAAACAUGAGUUUGUCAAAUUACUUACAUCUAUAAUAUGCUUAGACUUUCAGGUAUUUUUCUAUGGAGCAGAUAAAGAUGCAAAUGGAUUUUUGUCUUACAAUGAAAUAAAGAAAGUUCUCGGAGAAGAAGCCACAAAUGAGGAUGUUCUAGCUCAGUUUGAUGAUGAUAAAAACAGAUAUUAUUCUUACAUUGAACUAAUCAGAGCAUUUCAGCUACAAGGUAAAUAAAGGUCUAAAUAGCAUGCAUAAACAUGGAAUAAUACAUGUCCUGUUUUACGCUUUAUGUUUUUUAAAGUCAUUUUUGACCAUCUUAGAAAAAAAAUCAAAUGUACAGUAAUGAAAAUGUACACGCACAGUUUUACAUCAUAAGAACUUUUCUUGAAAUAACUCUCAGUAUGCAGCCAUCAAUAUUAUUAUUCUUGCCAUGAUUUCACAGGUAAUUGUGAAGACAAAGAAUAAAAUACUUUUUAUAAAAGGAGUGUGCAAUACUCAUGUUUCUUUUUUCACUUGCAUCCAUGGAAAUCAUGAUGCCAUUUUUCUUUACAUUAUGAAAUCCCAUCCCUAUACCUAUGCUGUUGGAUGGAUGGGUUAAUAAACAUAUGAAGAGCCACCAAUUAACCUAAAUAAUAUCACCAUGUUCAUUUAAGUUAGGGUGAAUGUAAAAAAGAAAAUAGAUUUGCUGCAGGGCAUUUAAUCCUUCUCUCUAAGCAAUAUGCCAGGUAAUCCCCAAUCAACUGGCCUAUUAGAAAUGCCCAUGACCAAAACUAUGUCAUUAUAUAAGAACUCCUCAGCGAAAAUAAGCAAUCCUUAUUUCGACUCGGACCCUUUUGAAAUAAAAAACAGUACGAGGCAGGGAUGCCCUUUGGCCCCCCUCCUAUAUGUUCUCACAAUUGAGCAUUUAGCUACCCUGAUUAGACAGAAAAGUAACAUAAAGGGGGUACAGCUACAGGAAGGAAAUGUUAAAAUAUCUCUGUUUGCGGACGAUGUCCUCCUUACUCUGGUCGACCCACUGGUGUCAAUUCCAUCUUUAUUGGAUGAUAUUUUUAUUUAUAGCAGCUUCUCUAAUUAUUAGGUUAAUUUGAAAAAGUCUCAAAUUUUACCUUUUCUCUUAACUAAGACUCAGAAAGAUCUUCUGUCUUCUUGCUAUAAUCUGGUAUGGGCAAGCGAUAUAAUUGAUUAUCUGGGGAUUAAAAUAUCUUUUGAUAUUGACAGUGUGAUCCAAAUGAAUUUUGAUAAUUUAUUCAACGAAUUGAAAUUUCAGGUUACAAAAUGGAAGAGGUUGGAAUCUUCCUGGAUAGGAAGAAUGAAUAUGACCAAAGCAUUUUUGAUGCCGAAACUUUUAUACCUCUUUAGGGCGAUCCCAUAUAGAAUUGGGAUGGGGGCUCUUAACCGCUUCCAAAGUUUGUUUUCUAGCACCGAGGAUAGCUUUUGAGACCUUUGCGAAGAAGCUGUUUGAAAGGAGAUAUAGCAUUCCCGGACGUGGUUAAGACUCACGAUUCUUGUAAAGCAACUCAUCUCCUCUUAUAGUUGAAUCCGGCUCAAUUCAUUUAUUCAGUACGCUCCACCUACUCUGAGUUUACUCGCACGGAGCAGUUAGAGAUACCCACCCACCUCCUAAUAGAGGAUACACGUUGGGCUCGGUUCUGCGUCUUUUGGCCCCUCCCCAUAUAUACCACUUGGUCCGGGACCUUACACGCUGAUUGGAUCUAUUUACCGAUAUCAUUUACACAUUUGGGACACUCCUCCUAGAUUCCAUUGGAUACAGGUACUUAUGUUUUCUGGCGUUUAAACUAUUUAAGAGAGACCUUAUUAUUCUUUUGUCGGGCGUUUUUCCUUAUUUUUAGCCAUGAGCACUGGGCACUUGUGGAUUUAGCACUAUGAUUUUCAGUUGAUUUACUGAACUUUUUUGAUUUUCACUUCUUUAUUCUUUGCUUCUAUGCCUGUCUAGUUAGAUUACCAGGGAGAGAGGCUUUUAAUUUACCUUGUCAGUUUUUUAGAUACUGACUUUCUAACUAUAUACUGCAUUCUCUCCCUAUACUAUACUAUGGACAAUACUCUUUCUCCUUAGCCCUGUCUGCAAUUUAACUCUCUCUAUGCUGAUUUAAGAUUGAGUGUUUGGGACUGUGCCUAGACCCAUACUGCACUCUGUUGUUGACAGAGGUUUUUUUUUAUUACAAGCACAGUACCUAAAUCUAUAAGAUAUGGCAAAGUAGUAUUAAAAGUCAACCUUGAGAUAGUCCAGUGUUGGGGAAUUGAUUCGGGUUUGAUCCCUUCCUAUUUAGCCUAUACACUUUUCAAUAAAGCUGGAAUUCAGGAUUGGGGAUCAUACCCUUAUCCGGAUUUGUAUUGUAUCCCUACCUGGUGUCUAUUUCUGGCUCGCAUAUUAGCAUAUGUAUCACUUGUAUAUACUUUGCUACAUUUAUUAUGUUUUGGUCUCAAUAAUCUAAGAUUAUACACUUUUUAAGCCAGUAUACAGAAAUAACUACACAGCUAUAUAUAUAUCCAGGAGAUGCAGCUGAUAGAGCUUUGUAUCCACUGAGGCUAGCUGCAUCUACUUUCUGCAAGAAAUGCAUUCACAAUGUAUCUUUGGUUGAAACCCACUUUAAGCUAUUGUAUAGAUGGUAUCUGGUACCGGUUAGACUUCAUAAACUAUCAUCAGUUCAUUCGAAGGACUGUUGGAGAUGUGGGAAGGAAGAAGGUACCAUGUACCAUAUCUGGUGGGACUGUCCAGAGCUCAAUAAUAUCAAAACACAAAUGAUAGACCUAAUAAACCUUAUAUUUGAGGACACUAUAGAAAUUAGUCCCCAACUAUUUCUGUUUAAUAUUGACUUUCCUACACAAGAUAAGAAUCAAAUUUAUCUCUUGACCCAUAUUUUAUUUGCAAUUAAAAUUAAUAUCGGCAGGGCAUAGAAAUCCCAUACUCUUUCGGCUUGGCAUCAGAUACUGGAACAAAUAGAGUUUCAGCAUAGGAUCGAAGUGAAUUCCUUUUUUAAUCCUCAUACUAGGAAUCUGCUUGAGCUAUGGUCUCCCUGGACUUCCACAUUUUCUACACUGUAGUAAAUGGCUUAACUUAGGUUUGCCCUUCACCAAAAUGUAGGAUUUGCUUGUUUUUUGGAGGGGGGAAGGGGGUUUAUUUAAAGCUCAUGUUGUGAUAUUGUAAUGUCUAAGUCUUUUGACUACGUAUGACUACCAGCUUGAAUAGAAACACACUUUACUGGCAGCAGUUACUAGUCAUUGAUACACUGUAUAGAACUGUAUAUUUCUUAUGUAUUGUAUAAGGCUGUAUAAGGUUGUAUAUUUUUAUGCAUUGUAUAAGGCUGUAUAUUUUUAUGUCCUUAUUGAUAUUUAUACAUGGUUUUGAGACAGACAAUAUUGUGUUAUGGAAAAUUAUAAAUAAAAUAAAUAUAAAAAAAAAAAAAGAAAUGCCGAUGACCUUCUAUACCUUUCCUACACUUUUCCUGGCAGUAAUUGUGUCCAACCAAUUUAUUUUAUUUUUUUAAAUUUUAUUUUUUAUUAUACUUUAACGAAUUUGACAAAUAUUAAACAAGUAAUAAACAGUUGAGUUCAAUAUCAUCUUUCAGAUAACAAACCAAGUUAGUAUGUCAGGAUGUUACAAUGAUUCUCCAUAUAUUUUGUUUCUUGAUUAAAUAGUUUUACACAUUAAUAUCUGGAGUUAGAAUACUCUAGAGUUGAGCUCUUUUUUCAAAGUUUAAAUCGUCACAUAAUAUAUAGUACAAAAAACAUAAAUAAAACCUACAACAUAAAAACAUAAAAAACCUAAGGUCAACUAUCGAGAUCAAGGAAGUGAACAGAAUCAAUAUCGCUUCUUUGAUAUAUUAAUUCAUUAACUGGGUCUAGAGCCAUUUCAGAAAGAUGUUAUUAGGGAUUUACCAUAAAAGAGUAUUUAUGCCAGGGUUUGUUAGUUUUACUAAGACAUGGAUAUUCUAUUCUUUAUAGUAAUCAAAUCAUUUUGUCCAUAUCUAAGAACCAAUAUUAUUAUGAAAUAAACCACCUUUUCCAUUAAACCUUGGUAUUGGAUCUGGGUUUUAAUCUCUUAUAUAUCUCUGGUAUAUUCUGUUUCCACUUUCUGGCAAUACAUAGUUUGACGUCCAUCAAGACAUGUAUGGUCAAGUACUUAGAUGCUUUAUCCAUUUUUGGCAAGUCUAGGUGGAAUAAAAAUCUUUCUGGAGAUAGAAUAAUAUUCAAUUUUAGAUCAACAAAAGUUUAGAUACUCCUGAUUUAAGAAUGUCUAAACCAGUACAAUCCCAUCAAAUAUGUUUAAAUGAGCCACAUUCAUUAUUACAAUGCCAAUAGACAUUUGAAGAGUUUGUUUGAAAUUUACAUGUUUUCAUAGGGACCAUAUACCAUCUAUGGAUAAGUUUGAGAAAUGUUUCUUGUAUAUUUACACAAUGGAUUCUAUAUUUAUACAAUGGAUUGUUUUUCUUAAUGCUUCAAAUGAGUUUAACUAGUCUUGACAGGAAAAAUAUUUAUUUAUCUCAGUUUCCCAUCUAGAGAUAGUAUUAUGUUUUACUUCCUGGUUUAAUACCUCCAAAGAUCUUCUAACUACUGAGGAUUUAUUUUUAGCCUCUCCGAAGAGAACCUUAUCAAAGGGGGAGUCCUUAAUUAUAGUUGUCUUAUGGAGAAAAUCUCUUAUUCUUAGAUAGUUGAAAUGUUCUUUAUGUGGUAAUCCAAUUUUUUCCAGAAGAUACGAAAAACAACCAAUCCCUGAGUUACUGUAUAGUUCCUGAAUAAGCCAUCCAGAUAGAUUAAGGUCCUGAAUAAAAAACUUCAGGAUUUUCAGAGGGGCGUUUGAAGAGAUCUGAUUUUGGGGGGAAAAAUAUUUCUUUAUCGGUUUUAUAGAUUGGAAAAUAUGGGAAAUAGUUAAGUUAUCAAUAUGUAAAUUUUUAAAGAGUUUCUUAGCCACCCAAAAAAACAAAAGGGUCAAAAGUACCACUUACCCUCUUUUCAUAUAUAUACCAUGCUUUCCGCUUUGAGUUAUUGUUUCCCCAUUCUAAAUAGUGUGAAAAUAUUACUGUAUAAUGAGUAUAAAAUAUGUUCUAAGCGCAAUCCUGGGUUUCUUGUUACCCCAAACAUAGGAUACAAAUAAACCAUGAAAUAGUUAAAGUAUCUUCUUUGGGACUCUAAGAGGAAUAGUAUGGAAAAUGUAUUCCAGUUUUUGGAGUAGGUAUGCUCUAAUAAUAUUUAUUCUUCCAAGCCAUGAUAUUUGUAGUUUAGACCAUUUUGAGGUUGUAUUUCUAAAUUCUUUAAGGAGUAUGUUAUAAUUAUCAGUAGUCCACUCUUCAAUAUUAAAAUUGAUAUUUAUUCCCAGGUAACAAAGAGAGUUGGACCAGUUCAAUUUAUGAUUAUUAUUUAAAUUUCUUAUUAGUAAACUUGCAAGAUUACGAUGUAAAACUUGUGUUUUUUGCAUAUUAAUUUUACAGUUAGACAAUCUACUAUAUUGUUCUUUACACUGAAGUGAAGAUGGUACAGAGGAUUCAGGAUUUGUUAAAGUCAUAAUUACGUUGUCAGCAAACAUAGUUAUUUUUUGUUCUUGCUUGUCUAAAUUCAACCCAGUUAUGUUAUGAUUUUGUCUUAUAUACGCUACCAGUGGCUCAAUAGAAAGAAUAUAAAGAAGAGGUGCCAAUGGCGGGUUCCAUUUUUAAUAGUGAACCAAGAAGAGUCUAAACCGGUGUCCAACCAUUUUAGAUACUAUACCAGUAGGAUGACUUGUCUCUAUGGCAUGAAGUGCAUAUUAAAAUAGCAAAAGAAAGGCAAAGCGAUGGAAGUUCUUCUACAGACAGACAGACCAAAAAGGCAGCAAACUCUGAAACUGUAGACCCCUCUAUGCCCAAACAAGAAGUAAAAAAAUUGUAAAAUCAAUAGAUGAUGCCAAUUUGAAAAAAGACUAAUAAAACAAAUUACUGGAUAAAAGUGAACAAAAAGUAUAUACUAUAGAACAUGUAAAAAAAGUUAAAUACAAUAAAGUAAAAUAAGGAAUACAAUAAAGUCCAGAAAUUCUUCUAAUGUCCUCAGUUCUUUUGCUGUCUAUUCUAUCCUCAUUGGGUGUAUAUGUAGAUAGAAGAGAGAGAAAUAGGAAUACUGAUAGUAUAGUAUUUAGUACACUGGUUAAAUGACAGACAACAAAGUGCUUAAAUAUCCACUCACAUUUUAUAGAGCCUGCGUACAAGUUCUGGUAAUAUCAGCAUGUAGCAGUAUUAUCCCCACUAUAUAUAUAUAUAUAUAUAUAUAUAUAUAUAUAUAUGGAUAAAAGUGUAGACAGAGUCUGCCUUAUAGGCCCCAGUAGAACAUUAAAUGAAAGAGUAAAAUCCAUUAGUGCAAUAUUAUAAUAUUAUAUACAGGGUACAUAAAGUGCCUUGGAAUAUAAAAUGUACACUCACAAGUGCAGAGUUUUGUAGUAAAGCUCAAAUUUUUAGGUAUAAGAUGGUAUAUGUGAUGGAUCACCUUGCCUCUGGACUGAAAAUCCCUUCAUUUCAUUCCCCUUAUAGUUCAGGAUAUUGCCUUCUCUUUCGUUUAUUCUGUAUUUUAUUCCCCUACCGAACAAACUACCAAACUACCAAUCCAGCCAUGUGUGGAGUGUACCCCUCAUUAACUUCUAUCACCUCUGUAACACCUUGACAAGCACAGGCAUUCUAAGCAGUCAGCUGGGUGGUUGGUGUUCGGUAUACAAACACGUGGCGGCGGCCAUCGUUAGCUGCGAAUACAUACAGCGGUGUUUGGUCGUCAAGUGCAUGGAACUAUAAUCGGACACUCGACAGCGCGAACACCGCUGGGACUUCCAUACCUUCAUACGUUCAUCUAGAUUCAUAUAAAAAGAGCAGCAUUCAGUAGGAAUAAGCUCCCGAACCAGAUACAUCAACCAAGUAUCCAUACGAGCGAUUACGUUCUGUAUUUUGACUGUUUCAUGUAUUCUUGAACUAGACCGACCAAAAUCCCGAACCUCUGAACCGAUCUGGGUGAUCUUUGGAUAUGUUGGUCCCCCAGAUCGGGGCUACCAGGGGAUAUAACUUUAGUGGGGUUUCCAUGAGUUUUGGGAAUACUUUCAGGAUACUGUGUAAAAGUAUAUUUUUUUCUGUGCUUUUGUAUUUGCAACAUGGGUGGAACAAUCCCCAUCAAGGAUUUGAAGGUAGUAAUACAAGAAGUUCAGAUGGUGCCAGUAACAAUGGUAGAAUAAAAUAAAUACAAUUAACAAAUAAUGCAAGCAGGCUAAAAAAUAUAGGCACCCUAAUGCUUUCUUGGUAAAUACAAUAUAAAAAAAUACAAUAUUUUUAAAAUGUACUAUUUGUUUUAUAUUGUAUUUAUCAAUAAAGCAUUGAGGUUCUUCUAAUUUUGAACCUGUUAGCAUUUAUUGUAUUUUUAUUUAUUUUAUUCUGGAAAAACUGAGGUAAAAAUUGCAAUUUUGUGAGAAGGUAUUCCUCUGUUAGUGACUAACAUUGAAUGAGUAGCAGUGUCCUAUGUAGUCUUCAUUCCUUCCUGACAUUCAGACAUUCUGUGCUGUCCUCCACAAGUGGGCUUCAAUGACAUUAGGAACUAGUGGGGCCGCAACUGCGACCCCUGCGACCGUGGGCCGCCUGCAUACUUCCUUGGCCAGUGCACAGCCACACCGGCCCGGGGCAUGCGGUUGCCAGCAGUAGGGGAGAGCUGCUCCCCUCCUUCCUGGGUUUAGUGCGGCCGAGCGGUCUUUCAGGAAGUGCUCACUGAGAGAGAGAUAGUACACACGUAGGGGAUGGGGGGUUGGAGAUGUCGCACAUGGGAGGGAUGGAGAGGUUGUUGAUGUGACAAUGAAGGGGUUGUGGAUGUCGUACAUGGAGGGGCUAGGAAUGUCACACAUGAAAGGAAUAGGCAUGUCACACAUGGGGAUGUCAACGCAUGGAGGGGAUGGAGAUGUUACACAUGGAGGGGUUGGAGAUGUCACACAUGGAGGGGUGACCUGACAUGAGGUAAGUAUUAUUUUUAGCGUGACUGCGCAAUUAGACACAGACACACUGAUCGGGCGCAUACAUGUGUUUGUGCUGGGAUGGGGGCCUGACAUUAUAGUGGCAUUAGCCAACACCUACAAACUUUAAGCAGAAAGUAUAUCUUGUGUUGGUCAACCUGAUCCAUCAUUUUUAUGAAUUUAGGAAACGAACUCCUUUAAGAAGAAAAAAAUCACCCCCCCGGGUUCGUAUUGGUUAUGGGGUAACCAAAAAGGGCUUAACCCCAUUUACAAAUCAAAAAAAAAAUAAGUCGGAACCUACUUCAAAAAAAGACAGUCAGGUGCCGACAGGGAUUACUCUCAGAGUAUCUAGUAUUUCACAGCAGUUAAAAGAUUAGAAAAAAAUACAAGUAUAAAUGUGAAAGUGAAAAAAAAGAUUAAACAUGGGUAGCUAUUAGAGGUAUUGAAUUAGAGAAUCUCCAAGUAAGGUUUGUAUGGAGUAUUUCCAUACUAGAUACUCUGUGGGUAAUCCCUGUCGGCACUUGACUGUCUCUUUCAUUUUUAUGAUUAUAUCAUAUUUUCUAAUACAACUUCUCAUUGCAUGGUGGCUGAUGUCACACUCGCUGUUCCUCUUCUGGCAUAUUGACUAUAUAAUAUUGACGUUUUCUCAACAUGGGGCUGGUUUAAAUCUAAGAGUUAAAGCCUUUCAACUCUUAGAACAGUAUAGUCUGACAGCUAUUUAAAGGGACAGCAUUUAUGUGCCAAAAUCACUACUUUUAAGAUGUAGAGGUUAUUGUACUGUUUUCUAUUAAGGCAUGAUAUAGAUAUUUCAUUCUACAAUAUAUGUAGAAAAUAAAUGUAAUAAUUGUAAAAUAUAAAGUUAUUGCUUUUUAAUGAAAUUUCCAGGCAUUUUGGAUCACAAUCCUUGCUAUGUUUUAAAAAGCUGUGGUUAAAGUAGUGCUUCAUUGCGAAGGGUUCAUGAAUUAAUGUAGGAUAAUUUUUACUUUUCCUAAGGUCUUACUUGAGAUAUAUAGAUAAUAUGAUAUGAGAUGAUGAUGAACAACAGUACACAUUGAAGUAAAUUUGCAUGAACCAUUUUUUGUUCACCCCACGUAUUAUUUAGUGGUUAUCAUCAGAUAUAUAUUACAUGUCAAUUGUAAUAUGUUGUGUAUAUAUGAUUUCAGAUUAAAUUGAAACAUCAAAAAACAAGAUAGAAGACAGACAACUACAAGUCAAGACAUUAGUGGACAGCUAUGAAAAAAAAUGCAUACACGCAACUUUUUAAAUAAACAAUGUUUUAUUAAAAUUACUGCAUUUACACAAACAAUGGAUGUAUUUCUGACAUACAGAAAUAAAUGCUGUUAUCCUACAAUUUAAAUUUGUAAUUCAGUUAUAGGCUUUACAGUAAUUGUUUCAAAUACCUUAGUAACUUUUUUUCUAUGUCACAUCAAAAUGUAAUUUUACCGCAUUACAUCUUAAUAAAAACAAAUGUUACUUAGUACGUGGAUACGAUUUUAGUAUAAUUGAUUUCAAAUGAAUAAAAAGUUGUAUUUCAAUGGUUAAUUUGCUUUAUAUCACACAUUAGUGGUUAUUUUUCAACUGUAUUUAUUUCAAGAAACUAAACAUGUUUAAUUGUAGAUAACAGUUUCCAAGUUUGUAUAUUAUGGUCAAUUUAAUUAGUUAUCGUGUGAACUUUUUCUGUGUAUUCCUUCCUUGUCUUGACUACACCAUCAUAUUUAUCUGUAUUAAGUACAAAAAGUAAUUUAGCUACUUGCAGGUACACUCUUAGCAUUAACACUAACUAUAAAGUCCUGGUUAAAUGGACAAACUAACCUGCUGAAACAAUGCUUGGUGAAGAGAUUGACAAUGUUUUUCCACAAGGCCCAUUUAAUAUGAAAAUACAAAUACAAACUUUCAAGCAACCUUCAAGAUUUUACAGGGCACUGAAACUCCUGAUAAAACACUGUGUAGUACAAAUAAAUAAAAAUAAAUGGACAGUUUUGUAGAAUAUGCAAGCCAAACUUCAGUUACAGUCUUUAUAUUUAUACCAUAACAUACAUUUCCAAACACUUUCGUUGUUAUAAUCUUGUACUCAAGUCAUUUAUCAUACAAUGUAAAUAUUUGAAAUAUAUUUACAAAAAAAAUGUGAGGCUAAAUUUAAAGUGUUUAUGAAAAUCCACCUACCUAUGCUACACAUUUUAUUAACUGCUCUAUUAUUUUUAUUUAAAUUAUUACAUACUGUAAUCUCCAACAUUUUACUGGUUAUUAUAUUUAUGUCAAUUUGUAUUUCUUUUAUUGUUUAAUAACCCCGAAUUCACUAUUGCUUCUACAUCUUUCAAAUCAGUGUAAUAAUGAAAGUUUUUACAUUUUUUUCAUACACCCAAAAAACUACUUUUUAACCACCAAUCAUUGCUUACUUUUCAUUUUAAACUGGUAUAAAAUAGUGCUUUUUAUGCACGAUGUAUGCAUAAAAUUUGAAAUAUUCUCAGUAACAAACACAACAUUAAAGCUCCUGGUAGUACAGUAUUGAAAUAAAACAUGGUGUACAGUUGGAGGAUCUAUAAAAAAACAGUAGUAAUAGUUUUCAUAUAAAUGUAUUUAAUAAAUAAAGAACUGUUGAUUAUGUACAUAAACAAUGCACAAUGUGUGCCGCUCAAAUUCAAAGUACACAAAAAAGGAAUAGUAAUCAGGGCAUAGUAUAGCUACUGCAAUUACAGGAUCAGUUUGUUAAUGAUACAUGCUCCCAAUAAUAUGCCCAGUCUCAGUUACGAUAAUUCAGAGAAAUUAUGAAAUCAAAAACUGAGCACAUUGCCUGUGGUUUAUUUAUUGUUGUUGAUUCCAUUCUGUAUAUUGCAUAACUUAAAGCUAGUCUCAUUAGCUGCAUUGCUGACCUAUAUUUACAGUACACUGAUUAGCAGAUACCUGCCAACAGUUUUAAAUUGAUGGGAAUCAUGACAUUCAGACACACUACCCAGUGUAAAUUGUGUGAACAGUCAUGCUUAAACAGUCAUCUAAUAGGGAACUGAUUUGAGAAAAUAUCAAAAAAAAUUGUAUGUGUGUCCAUACAACAUUUUCUGUACGUAUCGUAUGCAUGUUUUGUGUGUGAAUUUGUAUUGUGUGAAUUUAUGCCGUACAAAAUAGCUAGAAUCCCAUACAAUAUGAAAUAUUGGUUGUUACCUUUUUAUGCCAUUGUUUUUUGCAUAACUACUCACCCUUUUACACAUCUCAGCAUUUUGUAAUGUCAAAAUCUGUUAUUAAAAUGGAACUAACUGGGAUUUUUACCAUCUGUUACAUAGCAUAUCUAUCAGUUUGUGACGCCAAAUAGUUUUAAUUGUGACAAAAGUUAAUGAAAAACAAACAGAUAUUUCAUUAAAUUCUACUAUGGAUAAAUGGUAAACCUGAACUAAUAACUGCUUGCCUGACUUAAGAUGUCACAAUGUUAGAUAUGUUGUGUAAUCAAAAUUUUAAUUCCAGGUUGUAACAGUGCAAAAUGUGGAAAUGGUACUCGUAUUGGUUAACUAUUUGAGCCCCUGUAUAUUUUACUUGUGUGUGAAACUAGGGUGUUGAUUGAAUUAAAAACUGAAUUUGUAAAAUGUCAGUCAAUGCCAUUCGAGGUUUGCCAUUAUAGGAAUGUAGCUACUUUAGGAUUUUAUUUCACGAAUAACUUUUUCAAGAUUUAAUUUUGCUAAUUCAGUGUUUAAUUCACUCACUGUUUACAGAAUAAAAAAAAUAUAAAACUAUAAUAUAACUUGAUUGACAGGGGUAUUAUUGUGUCUUUACAAGACGUAGAUAGUUUCUGAAUAUGUAACACUCAAUGUUUUUCCAAUUUUACAAACAGCACCUGUCGUCACUAUUAAAUAUAUAAUAUGCUAAAACAGAAUCAUGAAUUGAAGAAUGGAUUAAACAUUGUAAAUAAUUUACAAUGUUAAUGUUGAUAGUUGCCUUGUGUAAUAAGAACAAAAGAAAAAAAAGCUUUAAUACUGUAGGAAUUUUGAAAUGUUUUUUUACAUGAAGUGUUAGAAUUCAUUAUAUUAGUAAGUAUAUAAUUAUGUACUAUAUUAAAAUAUUAUGUUUUUCCAUGGAUUAGUGCAUGUAUAAUCUAAAAACUGAUUGACUGAACAUGCACUCAGUGUUAGGUAUUAUUUUGUAAAGUCACUAAUCUAAAUAGACAGAGGACAUGUCUAAUCUGACUUUAAAAAAAAAAAAAAAGCUGAUACCUCUAUCCAAUUCUCACACCACUGAAUAUAAAUUGCAUGUUAAAAUUAUGCUCUGUAUGUAAUUUUAUUUAAACAAUAAAAAUAUCAAUAACAUUUCAUAAAGAUAACAAAUAUGUUCCUAUACUAAAGGGACACUACAGUCACAAGAACCACUAGUGGUUCUAGUGUCUGUAGCAUGUCCCUGCAGGUUGAACAUAGUAAACGCUACCUUUUCAUAGAAAACCUAGGAACACCUGGAAGUCACGGAGACACUCUGCAUUGAGGUGCUGAGCUUCCCCAUAGAGAUGCAUUAAAGCAAUGCAUCUCUAUGAGGAGAUGCUGAUUGGCGCAACUCUGCGUUUUGCCGUCCAUGUGCAAUAUCCACCCAAUGCGUUCGUAUUGGAAAGAAUUGGAUUGGCUGAGAUCAUAAUGAGUGAUGUUCUCAGCCAUAAAGGCAGGGGCUAGAUGUAGUGAGGGAAAAAAAGUAAGUAAACUCACCUUUCCCAUGCAAUUGGAGGGAAGGACAGUAAUCUAAAUAGUUAUACACUAUAGUAUCAGGAAUACGUUUGUAUUUCUGACACUAUAGUGUUCCUUUACGUAUUGAAACCUAGUGCCACGGAAGCUCAGAGUUUAUAUAGAAAUACAAAAUAUGGGCCAUUUUGUAGCAAAAAAAUUGACCUAGAACUGUUAAUUACAAAAUUUGAAGUUGGUCGGACUCUGGAUUUCAAAGGAAAAUGUGGAUAAAAGAGCAUUGUAUGACGGUUAGAGGUGAUGUAAAACAAGUGUGCAGAUCAGAAAAAAAAGCAUUAUAUUAUUCGCUUAUUUUAAUAUUCCAUUGAGUGCAUUCGGAUGGAUCAGUAGUAGUAGUGAGUCUAGCAUCCUAUUUGAAAGGCUUCAAAGUUCCAUGAAUGGGAAUGAAAUAAUAGUCCAGCAACCUAUUUGAAAGGCUACAGGGUUCAAUGGAUGGGAAUAAACUAAUAUUAUACCAUUUAACCACAUUAAGACAUCACAAAAGCUUUUCCAUUUGGGAGAAUAGCAAGAAAGGCAUUCUGAUAAAAGCCUUAUUUUUUUAUAUUUAUAUUAAAAUAUAAAUUUAGACUUUGCCAUCAAGCGUGAAGAGAGAGAGGGAGAGAGAGUUUUGGGUGCAAAACUGAAAGUACUAACAAACAACCACUACAUUGAUAUAUGGUGUUGGCAACAUUGAGCUGCUUGUAUACUACCCAUCAAAAGGUUCUAUGUAAAAUAGAAGGACAAAUGUGUGGAACAAAAAAUAUGAGCUUUUGCAAGACAAUGAUCCCCAGCAAAGGGCUAAACAACUCAGUACAACUUAAAGUAACUAGCACCAUAACUUUAUAGCCCAUGAUAGUGAUUAUUGUGCCAGGAGUGCCCUAGCAUUCUCCCACAGUAAGCAGUAAAACCAUUUAAGAACCAUUUGUACCCAUGGCCACUUCCAUUACGCUAAACCGUGCUGUGCAUCUACCUGUUCUGACAGACUUAGCUCAGUGCAGGUGCUUCCAGGGACCACAGGAGCGGGCACCCGAUGAACCCCAGGUAAGCAGACAAAUUGUUUUUAAAUGGUUUGACUGCUCAGUGUGGGAAGGUAGCAGGGCACCACAACCAGUAUAGCGGUCGGUAGUGAAUAGGGUUCUUGGAGUAUCCCUUUAAAAACAACCAGGUGAGUUGUCUAUAAGUAGUACAUUGAAAGUCCAAAAUGAAUUACUUCUCAGAUUCUAGGAUGGGGUGGGGAACAUCCGGCCUGCAAAAUCAUUUGAAUCGGACGGUGGAGAGCUGGCCCUGCUUGUCAGCCUUUUUUGGGCCGGUGGAGAGAUCACAGAUCUCCCUCACCGAUCUUCGGGCAGUUUAUUAAGGGAGAGGGAGGAAACUAGGACCCGGGAGCCUGCUGGAUAGGAGGAGGACCCAGGAGGCUGUGAUGCAAAUCGGAGCGUUGCCGCGUGUAAUCCUGGAAACACUCUGACAGCGAUGUGCUCGCGGGAAGAAAAUAGUGAUGUCAGCCUGCAGGCUAAAGUGCACGCGAAACCACUGGACAACCAGGGAUCGCAGUGAUAUGUUCUCUCCUUCCAUAUCAGAGGUAAGAAGGAGGAGGGGGGUGCAUACAUUUUUUUCCUCUUUGUAAGUAAAAAAAAUCUAUAGAUUUUCUCCCUGAUCCCCCCACCCCAAUAUAGACCCCUGACACACACUACACUACCUCACAUACACAUACUGCACCCCUCACACACACACACACAUAACCCCUCACACAAACACACAAACACACAACACAACUCACACAAACACCCCACACACACACUGCACCCCUCUCACAAACACAGCAUCCCUCACACACAGUACACCCCCUCACACACAGACACACACAGCAUCCCUCACACAAACACACUACACCCCACACACACACACAGCACACCUAACACACACAGAACCCCUCACACAUACUCUGCACCCUUCACACACACACACACACACACACACAUGGAACUCCUCGCACAAACAGACUGCACACCCACCCCAACACACAUAGAACUCCUCACACAAACACACUGCACCGCCUCACACACAAACAGCACACUUCACACAAACACACUGCACUCCGCACAAACACUCUGUACCCAUUACUCACACACUCACAGACUGCACCUCACACACACACACACACUACACCCCUCUCACACACACAUUACACCCAUCUCUCUCUCACACACACACUGCGAGUAUCAACAUCAUCAAUACCAACAUCACACCAAAGAGAAGCAGUUCCAGCCAUCAAAUUAGGAGUGAGUUAAUUAAACGUUUGACCAAAUACAGCAGGCUAGUUCUUAAGCUGAUAAUUUUGUAUGGCCUGCGAAUGAUGUUUUAAAUAUCCAAAUGGUGCUAGGCAGAUAAAAAGUUCCCCACCCCUGUUCUAGGACACAAUUAAUACAUCAUCUAGAGGCAGCAACUAAUGGUGUGUUUAAAAAGCUAAAAAUGAUUUAUCCAAAAAGACUUACAGUAACACUCAUAACCACAUUAACUGAUUAAAAUACUUGGGUACCUGGAGCUUUCGGUCCCAAAUCAAUGCUAAACAAUUUUACUCAGAGAGAUUCCGUCACUGGCAGUCAUUCAGCCAAUGACAAAAUGUCAUAGGUAAAGCUAUGAUCCACUUCACGUUGUACCAAGGGAUGCAGGCAGUAAUUAGCCUGAGAGCUUCAACAGAGUGCUCUCAGCCAAUCACUAACUCAAUAGCCAGUCUGAAAUGGUUUGCAUAACUGCGCCUCUGUCAUAUCGUAUUUAAAGGCAUUACUGUGGGCUGCAGUGAGUAAAGCAUUUAGCAGUGAUGUAAAACCCAUUUCCAGCAAACUCCAGGCAUCAUGAUCAUCUCAAUCACUUCAAGUGGUUAUGCUGUCCACAGUGUUCCUUAAAACAUAUCAUUGCAGUUAAACAGGCUAUGUGGGUGAGGUAUUUAAAUGCUUAUACAAGUAGAAUUUUCAGGUCUAAUUUUAGGCUAGGAUAUUUUAACAAUAUUCCCUGUGGGUGUUAAAAUAACAUUCCAUACAGACUUAAAUUCCAGUGUCCCAGUUAUAAUUUGAAAUUGAAGUAGCACCUCAGAAGUGUGUGCUUUCAAUUGGUAGCCAUUUACACUGUGGAUCAUUUUCAGUGAAGUUUAUGAGGCCAAAACUAAUUUGAAAUGUAAAUGACAGCAUUAUUUCAGAACAACCUGCAAGACCAUUAACAUGUCUCCAUCUCUUAGCAGAAAAAAUAAAAAUUAACCUUUAUAAAAUGUAAAACCUCUUUAGUUUUGAUAAGCGUUCAAUAAAAUUUUGUUAUAAGGAGGAAGUGUUUGGAGAUUCUAUUUUAAGCCUGAAAGUCAGUGUUGGGGGAGCAUAAAGUACAUUUACUAAGAAUCCAACAGAUGGGAUAAGGCCAGCCUUGGGACAAACAGUGAUGGCAAGGGAUGCCAAUGGGGAGCCAUGUGGCGUAGGCCUUCUAGAUAGACAUUUCCAGCAAUGCAGCAAAAUCUCCCCCAGCACUGGUAAUAAACCAUAAAUUCCCAUUUUGAAAUCCUUUUUAAAUCAGUGCUUUUCUGUUCAUUUUACUUUUUUUUCAUGUUUGAUGAAUCCGUUUUUCUUGUGUUUGCCAUUUGCUAUUCCGUUAUGACAAAAUCCAUUUAGGGUGCUGUGCUUUGCACUGGUUAAAUUUUUCUUAAAAUAUUUGACUAGAUUUGAAACAAAGUACCAGCCUAAGAAACCUGCUAAAAAUGUAAGUAUAAUAGCAUCCACUAAAUAGUACUGGUACAAAGAGAUAUCAUAGGCCGCAGCUCGCAGGUGUUCUGCCCCAUCAUGACGUAGAAUGUAAUCAAUCCAAUAUGUAGCUCUAGUCACAGGAUGGCCUGGUUGAUCCUUGUGAAUGUUGGACAUCCUCAACGCCUGUUGUCGAUAAC